AGCGCGUCUCGCCACGGGUCGCAUCGAUAGCAAAAAGCGUUUUCGCCGCGGUCCGAUUCCACCGCACGGGACAACCGGCGAUUUUCCGCGGGCUUUGGCGUUUCAAAUUUUAUUACGUCUACCUACACAGGACGCCUGUACUUAAAGUAAGAACUGUUAAUGGUUUUAUUUUUUACUAACCAUUAAGUGAUUUACGGUUUUACAAAAUGAAAAACCAUUUUGUUUUUUUUUCUUUUUCAUACAAACGAAUAAUUAUUUAUAAUUUAUUUGUUUUAUCUGUAUGUAUAAAUGCAUUCGGCUAACAGAAUCAUAACGCGUAUUAUUGAUAAGGAGUAUAUAAUAUAUUAUUAUUAUACUAAUUAUGUAAUUCAUAUAUUAUUAUAGGUUCCUACCUAGUAUCUACAUUAUAUUCGUAUAUGAAUGAGUUCAUUUUUAUUUUUAACUCUAGAAUCAUAUUUAAAAUUAAUACUUAUGCGAAUAAAUGUUUCAAAUAGUUAUUGUAUUUAUUUAAUUUGAAAAUUCGAUUGAAAUAUGAUUAUUUAACAAUAUUAUAGCUGUAUAUAAAGCUAAGUAAAUAAUUCAUAUUGUUUUGUAUAAUUGUAUCCAAAUUAUAAUACACGAAAAUUGUAUAAAAUCGUGGAAUGUACUUCCAUGACGCUCAAAGUUGUAAAAUACAAUUUAGAAGACCCAGUAAUUAUUUAUCAUUUUACGUCAUUUCAUUGUUUUGUGUGUCAAUAAUAGAUUGGAAGUAAAAUAUAGGUCGAUGUACAUUUUAAGAUUUCGGGUUGGUUUUUUUUAACUUUGAAAAACAAAAACGAAAAAAUGCGGUUUAAUAACAGAGUACAAAAGAAAAGACGAUUUUAUUUGUAUUGUUUUGGUCAAUACCCACCGAAAUCCGGUUUUUUUUUUUACAUAUUUCAGAACGUUUUCAUUGAUAUUAUUUUUCAAACCAUAAAAUAUAAUACUUAUGUACGUAGUUAUGUAUUAUAAUAUCGAACUGUUUUAUUGACAAGAUGAUCGUUCGAUGUUUGUGAUUCGAUUUUUAUUACCUAAUUAUAGUAUUAUUGGAACGUUGCUCAUAUUCUAUUAUAACGGCUAAAAUGUUAUUAAUUAGUCUUUAUACGACGCUGAGAAAAAUAAUGUACUUAUUAAGCUACGUUUGUAAACAUAUACGCUAUAGUAUACGGUGUGUUUCAAAAGAUAUAUUAUCAUAUUCGGCCAGCUCUGUCUUAUUAUAAACAUCCUGUGGUCUAAAAUUACAUUAUAAAUAUUAUAAUUAAUUCGCAUCAUACAUAUCAGUAUUUCGUUUAUAAGCAAUAAGAUCGUUUUGUGUAUUCGUAUUAUUGUGUUUCGUUCCUAUUUGUAUAACAAAAUUCUACUCGAAUGUAAUAUGCGAACAUGAUAGUGCGUUGCUGAACGCAAAAAAAAAAAAAAAUAAUAAUAAUAAUAAUAAAGUGUAAAUUUAUCUUGCAGUGUACAAAGAAUUAAAUUGUACAUUUUCUGACUGUUCUAUAUUUAAAAAAAAAGACACACCGUGCCCUUGACUUCGAACAAAAGUGAAUGCGUAGGGUGAAAUGUCAGACUGAUGAUUGCAUUCGUAUAUUUACGACCGUCCUAGUUGGACUGAAAUUUGGCGAAGGAAUAGUCGAAAAAUUUACUUAAUUUCGGCAAUAAAAAACUGGGUAUUCGACCUAUAAAUUAAUAUUAAUUAUGAUGCGCGUGUUAUAAUUUUAUGAAAUUUAACCUGAAACAUCUACUGAAAUACAACUAGUUACUAAUUUUAUGGCUGAUAUUGACCAGUAAAAUAUAAAUCAAUAACGUAGAACUUUAAUAUUUAUAUAAUGACGCAGUCUUAUGUAUGCUUAAACGCACAAAAGCCUUCUUUCGUUAUUAAGGUUUCUUUCGAGAAGGUGAACAAUUGAAGGAAAAAACAUCCGGAAUUCUUACAACUGUUGCGAUUUUAUACACAUUAAUUUUAAAUUUACAAAAUUGUAUAACAAUUAAUAUUAAAAUUUUAAAAUAAAUUUUAAAUGUACUCGUAUACAGUCAAUACUUUAUAGGUACAUUUAGAGGCACUUUGAACAAAACAAAACAAAAAUAUCAUUUUCGUGCAGUUGUAAUUUAAUUGGUUUUUAUCUUAUAAAUACACUAUAUAGCUAUAUUACCCGGCUUCGCCCGUGGGCAGUUUCAUAACUUAAAUUUCAAAUAUUAUUUUUAUAUUUCGCUUGCAUAAGAGGUAGCACAUUUGUUAAAUAAUGUUUGUCAACAUAAUAAUUCAAAAACUAAAUAAUUUUGAAUAAUUUUGUAUUGUAAUUUAUUGCAUGGCUGUUAACUGACUCUCGUACCGCCUAUUGUAAAAUCUGGAAACUAAGGGUAAAAUUACUUAUUAGGAGGUUGUUAUUCACAGGGGUUAUGACUGUUUAUUUUUUGUUCUUAGUCUUAUAGUAACUCUAGCUCUCCUGACCCGCCAUUAUUGUCCGUCUAUUGUAACAAACUGACCUUAAAAAACUUAAAAUAUGAUAUUGAUAUUUACUGACGACCCGUGUAAGAUGGUACUGGUAUAUCACACUUAGAAUAUUAUAAUAUAUAUACGCGUACUCGGAUAUACAUGGUUGAACAUGAUUUUUGUUAACUUCGAAAAAUAUUCAGCCACAAUAAUAUAACAAUUAUACAAAUUGAAAUUGUAGCGUUGCGGUUCGGCUACGUUAACCUCGCCACUAUUUUUUUCUAAGCAGAACAAUUUGUAAAAUUACGCACAAUUCUUAUUCUUGUAAAAUUUACUAGCUCUCUGGCGCACAGUGGCAUCGCUUACACGUUAGAACCCAAAAUGAAAUAGUUCCCUCGCUACGCUCGGAAUUUAAAAUGUAGCUGGCGUAUUUAAAUAUUGUUAUUAUUUAUUAAUGUGAUACAUGUUAAUUUGAUUAUAAAUUUGGCACGAUCCUAUAUAAUAUUAUAAACCACGUGUCAAUAAGAUGCAUAAUACGUAUUAUAUUGCCAUCGAAAUAAUGUCUUCUUGCGAAUAUAUUUUCAACAAUGAUUGAAGAUCAUCAGAUUAAAAACUAUCAUAAUUAUUUUAUAAUAUAUGUUGUAUAAUUAAUUAAUUAUAGAGUAUGUAAAUUGUUCUUUAUUAUACAGAGCAAAUUAAUGCAGUAUGAUUUGUCCGUAUAGGUAUAUAUCUUUCAACGCAAUAGUGUUCUAAUCAAAUAACUAUCAUAAUUUCAACAUUAUAUUGUGUGCAUUUUCACAUUUCAGACUUGAGCAUGAUGAGAUUAUCCGUAUCCAGAAUAACUGUUCGGUCACCGCCGUCCAGGAAACGUUCCUUGCCAACUAACUGCACAUCACUCAAUAACCGUAAGUAAAUAACCGGCGUCGUUUCUCGUUUUGCUGUAGUAUAUACAAUAUUAUACUAUUGAUACAAUAUGUAAACAUGUAAACAAAUGGGUUUUUUGUCCUACGUUCGCGCGAUGAAAAAUAAUAAAACGAAUUCUGACAGAAAAAAAAAAAUCCGCUGAACAAUAUUCUAUUUUCGAUUUUUCUAUUUUCACGAGAGAACCGCGUAUGAUCAGGUACGCUUCGACGUUUACCUCUAUAAAUAAGAAAUCUAAGCGGGGGAGGGAUAAGAGAAAUGGCCAUUUCUGUCUUGUCCGAAACACAUUAAAUCAAGGGAGCCGUUACAGAGGGGCUCUGGGGCUGCAGCAUCCCAUAAGGUUGAUAAAACGGAACUCAGCCUCCCACGGUUCUCAUAUUAUAUAUAAAAAAAAAAUCAAUAUUUGACAUGUAAUUAAGAAAAAAAAAGUUUUUUUUUUUUUUUUGAUAUUGUUGGCAAAGAAAAAGUGCAGAUUUUGGUAAUCAACUAGGUUUUAGUUAACUGGUGUCUGGUAUCUGGCAUUUUUAAAUUUUUGUUUUUUCAUUUUUCAUGAAUACUAUAAAAAUGUUAUACCACACAAAACAACAAAUAACUAUAUUUUGGUAAUUGUUUAACGAACAAUUUAAGGAAAACAAAAAUAGGAAAUAUAUGGUGAGAUUUAGGUAAAACUUACUGUACGUGUGUUUAUAAAAUAGUGAACCUUCCAUGACAUUUUUAAAACCUGGCGCCUCUGCGUUAAAUAAAUUAAAAAUUGAAAGUGAUUGUACAAAAAUAAUUAUUUCAAUUUCAUAAACUCGCCCCUCUCCGUUCCUAAGUUACAAAUUUCUGCGGGCGACUAUGCUAAUUGAUGGUUGUGGAAAAAAAUAACGAACCGUGUCGGGGAACAACGUUUUGCCGUUAGCGCGCUCUGGCGGAAUCUGCCUAAUCCGUUGUUGAUAUAAACAUAAUCAUGCAUGUGUUAAACGAUUAUAAUUAAUUUAGAAUUAAAUGUCGUAGCAAAUCGGAUAUAUAUCACUUUUUUGACCAACUUAGCGGACGGGCAGCAAUACAAAUUACCGAACGAAAAUUCCUUUUAAACAAUAAUUAUAAAAGUGGUUAUACCCUUAAACAAAACGAAAACGUAGUUGUGCGUAACCGCGAUAUUAUCGCCCGUAGCAUAGGCGUAGAAUGGCGAGCUUUAUCCCCUCCCCCCCGGGAACUUUGUUUAGCCCCCCGAGUAAAAAUGUACUGUUUUGUACAUCCACGCGUGAGGAUUUAAAAACUAUUUUAUUCUAUUUUAUUAUUUUUUUUUUAUAAAAAUAAAAAUUAUUGGUGAAAUAUAAGAUAUGUUAUUCAAUAAUUCAAAUUUUGAAAAUUAAUCCCGUGUAUAUUAUUAUCGCUAUAUUACAUCAUACCGAUAACAAUAAUAAUGUUUUCAUUUGUUUUAUACACGUAUAUGUAUAUGUAUACGUGUGUAUAUCGUAAUGUAUAGUCGAUCUGUAGCACUGUGGUCUAUAACGUUGUCGUCGUCCGCCGAUGGUGUCCGGGGAAAAACCCACGGUUGCGUCUUUAAUCGUAGAAAAAACCAAAUACGUAUCGUGUUUAGGUUAACAAUAAUCUAAUAAUAGGACGGGGCAGCGACACGGCGAUGACGAAACGCGAGUGGUGCGUAGUUAAUGUAGUGUGCCACGUGUACAAAACUAUUUCACCAGUGAUAAAACCGGCGCCGAACUUUCUGAUGUUAAUACGGACGAGAGAAUGUGUGAUGAAGACACGCAGUUCGAGCUCUGGAAAAUUAACCGUUAUUUCAGGAUACUUGACUGUGUCAUAUCAGUUUUGAGAAGCAAGUUUUCAACAGAUAGCCUGAAAUUUGGACUCGGUAUUAAUGAUUUUGAAAAGUCAAAAUAUUACGAAAGUUUACAUUUUAUUGAACAUAAACGAAGUUAGGAAAAUAUACAAAAAUAUAUUAUAUUAGUUCUUGUUUUUAGAAUGCUUUAUGUAUUUGAUAAGAACCAACUUCACACGGAAAUGUUAAUUAUGAAUUGUAUUUGUAAAGAUGAUUUUGACAUAGAUGCCAUCGUUACUUCAUAUUGAAAAGGACUUGGCUAAUAUUAUUGAUUCAGAAGGUGUUCUUAAUAUAUUUGCCCAAAAAAAUAGGCGUUUAAACUUGAUACUGUAACAAUUUCCUAUUUAAAAUGUGCUCUUUUUAUCAUCUUUAUAAUUUGUUCCUUUACAUUUUUUGUUUUUUUUUUUUAAGUUACAUUCUUAGAAUAUAAUAUGUUGUGUACCCGAAUCAUUGUAGGCUUUCUCCCCCCCCACACAUAUAAAUCCAUAACGCUAUUCCAUGCAGCGCUUAAGUAUUUAUUUUUAUUUGCAUUGAAUUAUUUUGAAUUUAAAUACAUUUAUCUAUAUUAUGUAAACGGCAUACCCGCAUGUCUAAAUCCGCGUAUUAUUUUACUGAAUACGUUGAUUAUAAUUAAAUACAAAAUCAAUAAGUUAAAAGUUCUUGAGGUGGUUCCCGAAAUCCCUCUCUGAAUGGCUUUAUGUUUUUUCAGGGGAGUGGCUACUCGCGAGAAGGUGCGUAUACAUAUUACCAUGCAUGUACCCAUGUAAAAAAUUUUGUUAGGGCCACAUCCUCCCCCCCCCCCUCCAAACACAGAAAACCAUCACGCUACGCCCACCGGGCCGUCGAAUAUGUGUUAUUGCGGCCGCGAACACAAUAAUCGAACGCGUAAAAUGUUAAAAUCACCGCGGCCAAACGUAUUGUGCGUUCAGUUUUUUUACGCGCAUUCGUCAAUGCCCGUCGAGAUUACUCGAAAAGUUUUAAAUUUCAGUCGGCAAAUAACGCUGCCGGUGCCGCCGCAAAAGAUUACAACAAUGCCCAUUAAAAGUCAAAAGUGUUAAAAGUUGCUACUACACACACAACGAUAUUGCCGAUCGAUUUUACGCGUCUGCGCGGACGCGUACGUAUAGAACGUUGUGAUUUCCGUUUGUUUUUGAAACGCCAUUACGCUUACGCGUAAUAAAUCGAAUGUUGUUACGGUACGCGCGAUACGAAACCCGAAUCGACACGAGACAGUAGAGUUUUCAUUCGUGGUUUUUUUUUUUUUUUUCCCACGUCGUCAUUGUUAUUAUAGGUUGCAACUCGGCGUUUUACCGUGCACGUUUCAUCGCCGUAUACAUAAAAAUUGUUGUACACGAAAUUCGCGCGUCACCGUGGCGCGUCCAUGUUUUCCUAAAAUAAAAAGCGCAACUUGCAUGCACGCGUACAAUACCCGAUAUAGUUGUGUUGUGAAAACUUUAUUGGACGUCAUAUUCGAUACGGUAUUGUUGUUGCAGUCCGCGUAUCGCAUUGAAUAAUACGCGGGCAACUAUAGUUUUUCUAUGUUUUUUUUUUUUUUUUUUUUUUUUUUUUUUUCUAUUAUUGUGUUGUGUUGAUCGUGCACGCGUGCAAGCGCUUACAGCCGUGUUACGCCAUCAAAUAUAAUAUUGUAUUGAUAUAAUUCGGCAACGCAAUAACCUUAUAAAGCGUACGGUAUAGAGAUCAAUGCGAGAUCGUUUUAUGUCCGCGAAACCGCAUUGUGUGUGCGGUGCGUUAUUCCAUUAGAACGCGUAAAACGGUUUAAGGUACAACGGUAUGCGUGUAUACAGGACGGUUGUUUUGCGCGUAUUAUCACGAACCGCCGGCGAUCGCGGGGAAAACGCGGUGUCCUCGUGUGCAAUACGAACAGUAAUUACAACAAUCGGUUCGGGGUUUCGCGUCCGUCGUGUACCCCGAGCGUUUAAAACGUGUGGUCGUGUACGACGUUUCCGAAAGUGUCACCCGUUUAUUAUUCCGUAUACAAUUAACGAGAGACGGGCCCGUGUAUACGCGAUGUCCGACGUAUUCCGAUUUUCUGCACGCCGGAUCGGCGGAAAAAAAAAAACGAUUAAAAAACGAAUUUACCGGCGAUUCGCGACGAAAGAACAAGCACCUAAUAAUAAUAACGAUAGUAAUAAUAAUGGAAAAAACCCCCCGUUUUCUGAUAAACGCGUCACACUCCCCGACCAAUAAUACGACAGCCCUCGUUUGAAGUGUUAUAAUAUUAUUUCUGUUGUGGUUAUUGUUAUUGUAAAACGUGUUUGAUCGGUUUAGGGUAUAGAAAAAAAAAAAAAAAAAAAGAAAAAAAUAGGGAACAUUUUCAAUAUCCAAUAAUAAUUUAUAACGGUCGCCGGUGUCUGUAUAAAUAUUAAUAUAAUAUGCGUCUUUUUUAAAUAGCUUUUAUUUUGUUCAAAGUCGUUUGCGUAUUUUAUCGACCAAUCAGAUGUUUCUCGCGUUAUAUACGUCAGUAUAUUCCUCUUGGCGUGACUCAUAUUACGGUAUACAAUUUGUAUAUAUAUAACAUUUAAAUUCAUGUAUAUUCAAAACGAGGUUCACACAUAAACAAUAACGGCACGAGCUGUAUGUAUAAUGUGUACUGUAAAGUUGGACCUUGAAAAUUUGCUAUUUUUUUUUUUUUUUGUCGCUCGUGUUUGUUAAGUAUAGGCGCGUAAAUUGUUUUUUUUGUUUUUUUUUCUGCGCCGUAUUAUAUUGUACACGAUUAUUUUACGCGUUCAUAAAAAUUAUAAUGUGCUUAAAAAAAAAAAAAAAAUUAAUAAAAAAAGUUUUUUUUUUUUUUUUUCGAAAAACCACGUGAUAUUAGUAUCUUGUACAUUAUCAGCUGCAGUGGAUAUAAGAUAACGAGAAAACGAAAAACAAAAAAAACAAAUACACCUCCCCCGAAAUAAAAGAUCAAUAAUGUUGUAUAAAGAGUCGCAGGUGAGUCAUACGCCAUAAUAUCAUAUAUACAAUAUUAUACUCUUACCCCCUUAUUGACGCGGUGAUGUAUUAUACAGAACGAACAUCGUCGUCGUUUAUAGCACAAUAUAUAAGUGCUGGAAAGUUUAUGUUGCAAUAAAAAUAUGUCCUUAGAUUUGUCGAACGGGUCCGUCAGUGGCGUGCGCAAGAGCGGGACGUCAGGGGGUGCAUCGUCCGUCCCAUUCGCGUAAAAACACAACAGCUAUGAAUGUUCAACUUGAGUGAUUUUAUCUUGAUAUUUCGGCUUACAAGUUAUACGCUCGGUUUAUUGAAUGGGAAUUGGUGUUUUUGGAUCCGCGGCUUUUCCACUCUUAUCGCAGCCGAGUAACUCUUCGCGAGUUAGGUACAACAAAAGAAGAUUCAAUACGAUUUAUUCACGAAUCGUGAUUAUUAUUUCGCUGCUGAAAUCCAUCGUGCGCCCGCUUGUCUAUAAUGUAUCGUCGGCCUAAUUCUCGAUUGUCGUAACUCCAAUUUUGUAUUCGUGAUAUUUUCAAUUAUUAUAAACGAUAAUGCAUCGUUUAAAAAGCGCAACGGCUUUAACAAACAAUUCAUCAUCUGUGCUGAUAAAAUUACAACGAAAGUGUCUCGUUGAAAGAAAAGACUUCACUCCAUCGUAUGAAACACUGUCAUUUUGAAGUCAGUACUAUUGCGACUGAAACGUUUUAUGUUUCUCCUGAAUAGUUUCCAUUUUUGAGUUAGGACAAUAAUAAUUGCGGGAAAUCAGGCCGGCGAUAUAAAACGAUUUCUGCAUACACUCGACAAAUUCAUUGAAACUGCAUAUUAUUAUGAUGUACAAUAGGUUUUAGUGUAGUGAACCUAUCGACAAGUUAUAAAUAUUCGUCUUUAUAGAUUUAAAAAAUUAUUCCUGUGGUGUAUUAACACAGUGACGUGCAGAACAUUUUUCAUAUUUGAGGCGAAACAAAAAAUAAAUAAAACCCAUCCAAUCAAAACAUGGAUUUUUAUGGACGUCCUACGAAUAAUUACAGCGACAACUUUAUUUGACUACAUUGUCUACAUAAUAUAGGCUAUGAUAUAGGUAGGUAUAUUAAUAAUAUAAUACACAAAAGGCAUUUCUGAUCUCUGGACUGGUCAAUCUCAAUCAACAUUUAAAAUAUUUAGUCAUACACACACUCACCCACCCAUUUUAGUCAUGAGGCUAUUGUCACGCCACUGCAGUAUUAUUGUAUACUAUAAUUGAAUGAUUAAAAUUAGGUUGACACGUUUUACAUUGACAUCAAUCACUUUUCAACUCGACUUGUUUAUUUUUAUUGUGGGUAUUAUUAUAAUUACACAAACACGGCUUUACACAGUAAAUUUUCAUAAACAUCCUGUAGUUAUAUUUUAGCACAAUAUUGAAAGUUGUCGGGUUCGAAGACUGAUGAUAUUUUUCAAAAUUCGAACUGUCGCGGUGCAAUCAAAUUUAAUCGGUCGUAUCGGGUAGUAUACACUGCAUAUUUGAUGUACAAUUAAGAAUUAUAAAAUUUCAUAACAAUAUAAUAUUAUUAUACACAAAACGGUAAACAUUGAAACCCACUGAAUAUUACGUCACAUUAUGUUUAACGUUAAUUUGUUUUGGUGAAAUAAUUAAAAGUAUAUUUUUUUAACGGUUAAAUUCACGUUUGUCUAACUUUUAAGAUUCAACUUGUCGGUGGCGUGUUUCGUUAAUCAAACUUAACGCAAUUAAGUAUUUUAAUCGAUUCAGUUGCAAUUUAAUUUUAUAAUAGCUCACGAAUACGUCAUGGUGCAUAUGAGUUAUAUAUGUCACGUUAUAAAUAAUAUUACAAGUAUAGGUGCAAUAAGUGCAUGUUAUAGGAAUAGUUUGAUGUUUACUCGGUGACGUUAUAAUAUUUGACGAUAUCGACUUAAUUUAUACUCGUGCAAUAUUAGUACUACAUAGUUAACUACUCGUGCUCUGGCAAACAUCAAAUAUUAGUCUACGAAAAAUGACGACUUUCGAAAUUCAAAUAUUACUUUGAUUAUUCUUGUUCGGCGAUUUCACGUCUAUGUAUAUUUGUUAAUAAUUUCUUAUAAACCGGUAAUUUUUGCCGUUGUAUAGUUUUUGUUUUUCAAGUAAUUUUGAUGUUAAUAUGCACGUAUAAAUUAUGCAAUCUGUUAUAUUUGUAUUUUUAUAAUAAAUAUUAUAUUUCACACAGGUGUAUUGUAACAGUGUAUAAUUAAAAUAAUAAUUAUAUUUUAUCGUUAUGACUUAUAGUAUAAUGCAUUCAAAUGGAUUAUAUAUAGGUUUUAAAAUGAUAAACUGAGGGCCAUAGAAGAUUCUCGAUAAUGUACACAGGUAUAUAAAAUACACAGCAUAUUAUUAUAUUAUAUCUUAUUUUUCAUUAUUGAAUAGACAAAAAAAAUAAAACAAAACAAUAAUUAUGUAAACUAUGUAAUGUAAUAUUGUAUCGUGUUAGGUAUUGUUAAAAAAAAUAAAUAAUGUAUACGUAUUUUAAUGAUGUCGAUAAAUAUGUUUGAUAAUACUGUGUACUUUUUUUUUUACACCCAUUAAUAAUAACGUAUACAUAUAUAUAGUAUAGUAUUGUCGAAAUUAAAAUUUCGUAACCAUGUACAAUAAUAUGAAUUCAUCGUUCAGUUUAUAAUAUUAUAAUAAAUCACACAAAAAGUAAGAGUAUAUUGAAUAUAAUUUGCGAGGUUUAUCCGCGGGAUUUGGCAGUUUUCUAUACGCAAUUGCAUAAUCCAAGAGCUGUAUUUGUAGUUGUAUACAGGUUUUGUUCGUAUUUUUUUUUCUUUUAAAUAUUACACUUCUCAUAUUAUAAUUUAAAAACUGAUUUUAAAUUCAAUUAUCGCUUUUAUCGCACAUCGAUCGUUGCUUUAGAAUCAAUAACGACUAUUGAUAAAAUACGUAGGUAUCGAUAAACUUCUUUCUUAUACAUACGAAAUCGCUUUCUAGCUCGCCAACCAUUUCGAUUAAAGGGGGUAUUUUAAAGGAUUUUGAUUGGGCGACAUUAUACACAGAGCUAUAAUGACUAGAGACCUAAUUCUCAUAGACGUAAAUAGGGGAGGAGCGUUAGAAGGGCUUAACUCUCCCCGAGCAAUCUCAAGUCUCUUAGAAAGUAUUUGAAUUAAUUUAGUACCUAUUUAAUAGCAUACGUCUAAAACAUAUUGCUGGCUCAAGCCCUAUGUAUUUUCAGACUCUAUGUAUACGCUAGUCUUAUGUAAACCUAGAGUAAAUGAGUAUACAAACCUAUUGUAGGUUUAAACGUGUCUCUCCAUCCCCUUAAUUUCCAUUUCCCAAAGCAGACCAAUUCUCGGCUUCAAAUGGAAUAAAUAAGUAGUUUGUAUGUCAGUUAUAAUCAGGCACUUUUAAGUUUAAACGGUCGAAUAUAAGUGGAUUACACAAAUCAAAAAAUACCGGAUUUAGUCAUUAUUUUGAUUUUUAACGAAUAACAAACUGUCCGGAACCCGGGACUUGAGUCGACCUUUAAGAUGCGCAUAAAUUCUUCAUUAAGAGGCACUCGCCUACUAGAAGUAUACUACGUGUCUAUGUAUAAUAAUUUACUAAUAUUUAAUAUUUAAUAGUAUGUUUAAAUAUAUUUUAAUUUCGAAUUAUAUCAAUAUUGAAGACCGUCGAGCAACAAUCGCACAACUCCAUAUUUUUUGUCCUUUCUAGAAAUUGUUCAAAAGCGAUAAAACAUUUAUUUUAAUUUUUUCCGAUUGUUGCAACAGAUUAAAUAAAAAAUAAUAAUUUUGGAAAGGUUUUUACGUCUACUGAAAACCAACGAAAAGUGUGCCCCUUUACAUAAAAACCGUUAAAAAUUUGUUUUAUGUAAUAUUUCCCAAUCAUUUUCUGGUCUAAAUGCCAUGAGUGUAUUUAAAAAUAUUUUCAAAAUUACUAUACGGUGGUGAAUCAGUGUAUUAUUGUAUACAUUUUCAACAUUUAGUUAGUUUUUAUUGAAAACUAUGCAAAAUUGACUUGAAUCCCUCUUCCCUGGGACCAUAGACAAUAUACAUUUAUAAUUUUUGUUAUUCGCCCGAUUGUUGAGCCGGAAUAUAGAGAAUUUUCCCUUUUAAAUUAAGCCGUUAGAACGUGCAAUUUCAGAUGGAAAAAAAAAGCCAAUCCGUUUUGGCACAAAAUUUUACAAUUCGCGUUCGCGACAAUGUUAUAACAUUUAUAACAAUUAAUAUUGUAAAAGAGAUUCAGCAAAAUAUAAAAUCGACUAGGUCUCGUCGUCGUUUAUACUCGACGUCGAACUGUUGACCUUUUGUUUAUGCAUUCGAUAAGAACGAGAAACCGUACACUCAAAGUGUAAUGGUAUAUCUAGAAAAAAAACAGCCUAAUUCAAGACGGUAUUAUCAUUGUUUAUUUGGAAAAAAAAAAUAUUACGUAGAUAAACAUUAGAAACAAUGAGUGUUUUUUUUUUUUUUAAUAGUAGGCAGGUACUCGAAGGGUAUUAUAAUGCACGGUUUCCGUAAAUUAUUUUAGUAUAAUGCGAUUGCGCAUCGUGUCGUUUAUGUACACCGACGCGGAAUACAGGCACGGAUACAGGGUGUGUGCAAAACUCCGUGCACAUUUUUUUUUUUUUUCUGUAGAUAAGAGAUUCUGGACAAGCUGGUAUUACAGGUGUGCGGGAAAUAAGGGUGGACCGAGAGAACAGUCAAGCGCCCGUCACCCCAUCACCGUCCCCGUCCCCCACGGGGCCGAACUCGAAAACGGGCCGGUUUUAUAUAUUACACGGUGGAUUUAUGUACGUGUACGUUUUCACACAACAAACGUAUUUGUUUUUUCACGACCGUUGACGCGACGACGCAACGGACCCUUUAUUUUCGUGGUACCGCGAGACUUGCCCUCCCCCCCCUCUCCAAGCACCUCGACUUGUACCGGGCUUGUAUACACGGAAAUGGAAUUAAACCUCUUGGCGCGCUUAUGUGAAUUUUGUUCACGGCGUGAAAGUUUCGCGAGUGACGUAACACGUCCCAAAUCUAAUAACACGAUAAUUAUUGUAGUGUCCUCGUUCCACUCAGAAUCCAAAAAAACCGUCGUUGGUUCGUUUUUUUAGAAUCGAAUUUAUUUUCAGUGUCCGGGGGUAGGGGGAGGGGAGGGCGGAAUUAAGGGCAUUCGUUCCGGGCCCCAUACGUGUUCGGGGACGCCAGCGAUUUUAAAACCUAAACGAUUUUCUAAAAGCGAAAUAAAAAUCUAAUACAUAUUAAUAGUGUAUAAUAAACGUAUCGCGUGACAAUUAUUGAUCGUUUUACGGACAUAUUUUAGUUCGUAAUAUUGUGUCACAACAUAAUACAUUAUGACGUAUAGACUUUACAUAGAUAACAAAAAUCACUCAUUAUUAUUUUUAUUAUUUCAAACGGCCAAACAUUAGUCAAAUAUUAUGCAUCCGAAUGAAAUUUAAUUUGUAUUCGGCCUUUACGGCUAAUUGAACACAAUAGACCCUACCCUAGGCGUUUUGAAGCGAGGGCCUUCAAAUAUUUGUACACGCCCCGGGCCUCCAAAAAGCCUUAACCCGGAAAUGUUUGUUUUGCCGUCGUGUUGCCCAACCGUCUCAUCUGAGAUUGCGUAUAACGAAUCUACGAGUAUACAGAUGUACGUUUCUUUUUUUUCGGGAGCGAGAAGUUCACUUGGCGAAACAACGAAAUCGGCGCGGCAAGCGACGCGGACGCAUACGCAAAGAUAAAUUUGUCGAGUUUCGAGACGAAUAGAAUUUCCGAUUACCUACACGCUAUGAAAUUUCACAACGCCGCGAAUGAAAUCCGAACCGUCCGCUCGUAUCGUCGAACCCCCGGGAACGGACGAACGAAUUUAGAGAAACACAAAAAAAAAAAUUGUUUUUCAAAAACGUUACUCGAUCGCCCAAGCCGCUGCAUAAUAAUGUGUAAUGAUUUUGUAACAAUAAUAACAACGAUAAUUUUCACAGGCGUGUGUUAUUAUUAUUAUACAACAUAAUAAUAAUAAUAUUGUAAUGCCAUCGGGCGGCAGCGGCCCGUGAGCAAGGUCGCAUUCGGGCCGUCCACCGUGCCCCGCCGAUGACGCCGCGGCCACGAUACCCGGUGCGUGCGCGUGCGCGUGCGCGAGCUAGCGAGUUAGCGAAGUGCCACCGCGGCGGUUUCGUAAGGUCGAUCGAGCCGCGUGUGUACGGCGGCGGCGGCGGCGGCGGCGGUGUAUAGGCAUGUGAUCGGAUGACUCAUCGCGCGGAGACCGCUCACCUCCGCCGCCAUUCCACUACCUCGCGCCUGUCCGCGGCCGGCCGCCAACUAUCGGGGAAACAUCAUCGAUGUUCGCGCGCGCCGUGCACCUGUCCGCCGUCGUCGGCACCGGCGCGAUUUCGGCGUUGGCCCGUCGCAAUCGCGAUCGCGCGGUAAAACCGCCGCCGACGCCGCCGAGUUUCAGGGUGGUUCGUAGGGGCGCCCCCGACGGUGCCCCGUUCGCCGUGCGCUCGAUCGACCGGGGCCGGCCGCCCGGUGGGGGGGGGGCACACGCCGGGUCACAACAACAAUCGACGGCGGCGGCGCGGCCACAAUCGAUUGUUGGCGCGCGGCCCAUGCCCGUAUUUACCGCUCGCUGUUAUGCGCCGCGUUUCACUACACGAUCGCCGCUCCGUCCGCGCGCCGAACACGCUCCACGACGAAACUCGCGUGCGCGACAUCCACGGGCGUACUACGGCUCGUCUUUCGGCGUGUUUGUUUAUUUUGUCGCGAAUCGCGCGCGUGCGUGCGUGCGUGCCGCGUGUAGUGUGUGGUGCUCGCGUUUGUACGCCGGCCGCAACCGUGUACUCGACCCGCUAACUGCAACGUUACUCUCGUCUAUUUUUCCCGACCGUCCGGCAGCCGAUUGUCGCGCGCGACACGUGCCCCCGUUGUUAUCGUUAAACGUCCGUUAUCGCCAACCGUCUACGUCCCUACAACAACAACAACAACGACAACAACGACAAUAACAAUAAUAAUACUAACAGUUGUACCGUCCGGGUCGGUAAUAUUUUCGGAUAAUAUUGUUGGCAUUGUAUUGUGUUCGCCGUCGUGUGUUAUGGAUACCGCGGACGAUUGCCCGGAACGCGGACUGGCCAUCAGCAGCAGCGCGAAAACGAUUUGACGUCGUCGACGGACAGAUGACCGGGGUAAGUGUCACCUCACCGGGUCGGACGACGGUUGUCCAUGUCCAUUAUUCGAUCGGUACAACAUCGUCCGCGGCCGUGUAGCCCACACGUAACCGCCGCGGACCGCUGCCGCCGGCAACUGUUACAGGUGAGCGUCGCCGCCGACGUUCUCCGGGCGCGAUCGCCGCGUACAAUAACAACAAUAAUGUAAUAUCCGAGCGUAAUUUUUUUUUUUUUCCCCCCCCGUCUUUCGUUUCGUUUCGUUUAUUUUUUUUUUCGGUCAGACUUUCACCGCGAAAUCGGCCGCCGAACGGGUGUCGCGUCCUCCGUUGGUUCAUUUUAAAUAUUUCAUUUUAUUUUUUCCGUCCGUACUCGCGCGUCGCGUUCCUUUUUCACGGCGCUGCCGCCGGCCGAUAGCGUACCGCCGGCGUGCACGUUUUGUUCGCGCGUUCAUACACGCGAACCGAAAGACGGGAAAACCCGCGGAGUGGAAGUAAAGCGGCGCAAUAUUUAUUCCCGGCUAUUAUUAUCACGGUGGACGUUUCCACACGGUUUGUGCAACGUUCCCGGGGCGCGCAUCGCCACGGAAUACCGGCCGCCGUCGUUAUCGGCCGAUAAUACAAUAAUACUGUUAUCCGCCGCCGCCGCCGUACGUAUCGAUCUGUUAUCGGCGGGCGCGCGCGUAUCGGCCGCCCCCGGACGGCGUUCACCGCGGAUUUCCAAAACGGUUUUUAUUUUUAUCCUCGCGCGUGUACCUCCGUCGUUCAAAUGCCCAUCGGCCUGGCACCGGUUCAACGUUCCGUCCACCGCGCGCCGACGUAUGAUCGCGGUCAACAGUCCUCGCCACUGUCGCGCGAGCGACCGUUUCGCGCGUUUCUCACCCGGGCGGGCGGCACUCGACGGAAAAUACCGCGUACCCGAGACGAUUUUAGCCCUGUCCCCGUCAUCUCGGAAAUGUCCGAUCGGGGUGUGUUACCAAAGGCCCGCGUCCGAACGCAUUUCGACAAACGGGCGCAAAACGAUACUUUCGACAAACCCCCCCCCCCUCGAACGCGCCGUUAACGGAAUUCGAACGCGGCGUUCCGUCCGCGUUCGACUCGAAAACCGACGAAUACCGCGUCGCCGUCGGUACGAUACCGUAAUAUUCUCGAAUGUAAUCUCCGAUAUCGGCUAUCGAACGACGAUUCGUUUACUUCACUCAACGUGCAUGAUAAUAUGCAUCGUAUUGUAAUAUGACUCACUGCACGUCAUUUCGAGUGCGUGUGUGUGUGUGUGUGUGUAGGCGUUUUGAGCGGUCCUGAUGGGAGUAGGUUUUCACGAAGGUAUACGAGUUCGUCGUGUGACCUUUUUUUUUGUUCCGUUCGCAGCUAUUAAUGCGUCAAUAGCUCUUCGCCGCGUUCGACUUUCGUUCCGCGUCUCCUUUUUGGAAAAACAAGCGAAGAAAUGUGAUUCGUUUUUCUACCUCAAAAGCGAAACGAGUUCCGCAUUUACACCGGUGACGCAACAAUGUACAGGGUGAUCGACACGGACGCGUGACACUCGUUGUCUCGAAAACUAUUAUUGUUUUUUCUCCGUUUGUCUCGCGAAAAACCGAAAGGCUCUAAAAUGUUGCGUUACGCGGUUUUAUCGUUGUUGUUUACGGAAAUCGGCGAAUCGAACACCGUCAUUUUUUCUUUAACUAAACCUCGAUCCGUUUGGAAACAGACGAAACAUGUUCCGAAAUAUAAUGGUUACGAAAAUAAAACGGUAACGUAAAAUUCUGGAACGGCGUUUCGUUUUGUUUUUUUUUCGAUUUUCUAUAAAAUAAAUCCCGAUUUAGGUUACGCGCUUACGUUAUGUCGAUCACUCCGUAUGUAGGCGUAACUAUAUCGGGAAGGAGGGGGCCACAGAUGGACUUAACCCAACUAGGUUUCUUCUGUGCAAUCCGCGACCUCUCGGAAAACGAUUUUGUUUCGUUUUAGAUUCUGAGUGGAGCCAAGAAGCUUAUGGUUUUACAAAGAUGUUUAUUUUUUUAAUAACUAUUACUUUUUUACCGGGAAUCUUACUCCGAUUUUUAAGAGUUUUCGCAGCAAAUGUAAAAACCGGGAAAAAACACGGGAAAAACGUAGGGAAAACGAGAAAAUCGUUUUUAAAGAUAUUUAUGAAUCCAGUAUAGAUAAUAUUGUACGACGUGUAAUUAUUCACUUAAUUAUUUUAUUCCCGCCCCUGGAUUUCGCCCUCGUUUACAGUCCGACCCCUUUAAUAAUUCCAACGCAAUAUAUCAAUAAUGAAGAGCACGGGGUGAAUAACCCCUGCAAUUUCCGCUAGAAAUCAAAAGCGAAACUGUUCGUCGAAAUUAAAAAAUAAAUAACAACAUUAUAAACCGAAGACGUUAAUUUGCAUUUUUACGCUUAAUUGAACGCAAAUUUAAAUUUUCAAUAUUACGGUUUUUUUUAAUAAAUUAUUAUGGGGGGAGGGGGAGAGCGAGUUCCUUCCUCUUAGGACACCGCCCUCGUUAUAGUUGUAUUUGCGUACGGCGAAAAAAACCAUAUUGUUUAGUAAAUAUUAUAUUUCGCAGCACAUCUAAAAUCGUAUAUUCGCGCCAUCAGGUGACGUACGCAUUUUAACGAUUCGCUCAUGUUACAGAUUUUUAUGAUUUAUCGAACAGAUCAUUGUCAGAAUUUUCAAAAAAAAAAACAAGCAACACUAUAUUAGUAACUGUACGCGUGUAAUACGCUAAUCGCUUGUAAUCUGCCGUUUUUAAACAUUUUAAUGUUCAGUUCGCGCGGUUAUUCAACUUAAUAAUAAAUUUAAUUGCAAUUUAAUGGGUACGCGCGAAAAAUGAGUCUAAUAACAUUAUAGUUUGGGGAAAAAAAAUGACGUACGCUCUAGUUUUAUAAACAUAAAAAAAACGUUACCUAUAGGGAAUUCGAUAAUAUCGUUUUGGUAAUUGUUUUAUUCGAUGUCGGGUUCACUAUCGGCGUGUGUCUUUUUGCGCCAGUAACUUUUCUACCGGAAAUCGUCAACUUUAACUUAAAUUUUCUUUUUCAUCUGACAUAUUGGGGAAGUUAUUUUUCGAAGUUCUUUGUGGUUUUUUUUUUUAAUAAUCAAGACAACUUCUCGAGUCCAACUGCAGUGGCACAUCCGUUAGCUGCAAUUUCAGCUCGUUUUUCUGUUGUAAUUCGGUUGAAAAUAAUUGCAAACAGUCGAAGUUUUUACCGAAUACUUUUAAUUGGAAUUUCCAAGUUUUUCUACAAUUUUGAAAAUAUUCUGCCGAUAUUUGGGCUAUUUGAUAUUUUCGAGGUUUUUUUUUUUAGUUUUAAUUUGGUUUUGUGCGGAUAAAACUGUUUUGGUUUAGAAAAAAUGCUAGAAAAUGUAACGCGAGAUUAAUCGUAAGUUGUACUCAGUGGUCAAAAAAAAAAAAAAAAAGCGUAAGCGUAAGCGAUAGUUUUUUAUGAGCGUGUUUUAAGUUCAAACUUGCAAAAUCCUUAAAAGCAUUUCAAAACAUGUUUCACCGAAAUUCGUUCUGAAUCGGCGUUUGAUUGACCAUUGAUUGCGUUUAUGCUGCAGAUAAAUUAAAUUUCUCUAAAAAUUCUACUAUUCAAACUUUCCACUUUCAACGGUGGCACACCCGUCAACAGUGUCGGCUCUUAAUUUUUUUGAAAUUUGAAAAUUUGUUUUAUCACAAAACAAAUGUGCAUCACUUAACGUUUCGUUUGUCCCCCUCUCCCUCCGUAUAUCGAGACAUAUGAAUUCGACCAUUUAUUUUUAUAAUAAAAAUGUGACAACUUGGAUUUUUCGGUUUCCUAACGGAGAUUCAGUCGUUUCGGUGUUUUCGACCGUCGGAUUAACAGUGGCUGGCGAGCGGAUGACGCGUUGUCCCUUAUCUAAAUAAUUUUCAAAUUACAAUAAUGUACUUAGAGUCGAUUAAUGAAUAUGAAUUUUUUCAGAAUCUUGAAACGAAUAUUGUUCAAUAUAUAUACGCAGCGUUGAUUGGUUUCAGAAAAAUAUAUACUGUUGUGGGUACUGCAAUACUUUCGAUAAUUAUUUUGAAAUUUCGAAAAAAAUUCACGAAUAACCGUGAAGCCUAAAAUCGAUAUAUAUAAAUCGUAAUCGUGAAAAUAGAUAAUAAUAACGCGCUAAAUUUAGAGAAAUAAAACAAGAGGGAUAAACUGUAAGACUUGAACAAAAUCAGCGCCCCAUUGUGACUAUCGCAUUUUACCCGACCCGGGGGGGGGGGUUAGCCAAAUGCCGAUUAACACCCGUGCCUUUGUAAUUUUCAAAAUAUUAUUUUCUCGUCACAUACACUUACAGCAAGGUCCACGAGCCGCCGUUUUGCGUCCCGGACACGGGCACGCGUUUCUAUAACGAGGAUUUUUUUUAAAUAAUCGGUGUUUGGGACCAACAGCUAUAAUAUAUUGUAGGUAGACGUUGUAUAAAAUAAUUUUCAACGUAGUAAAAGCGUAAAACAUUCGUCAUUCGUAUUGCGCGGCGUGGAUAUCGGAGAAUUUAAAUAUGACAUUUUAUUGACGACGUAUUUUUCGGCGUUGAAUACAUUUACAUAAUUAACGAUGGUUUUUUUUUUCUAGAAUUUCUUCUUGUUUUCACGGACGAUGUACAUUAUUCUAAAACGUGACGUGGAAAAAAUAAUUCCCCGAGUAUAACGUAUAAAAUCCGGCGUUCUACAAUUCUUGUUUAUACUGGCACGCUGUAUAAUAUAGUGGCACAACAGUUUCGAGUUUUAGUAUAGCAGUUAACCACGUUAACAAACCUGCAGAUUAUUUCACGUUAUUUUUCUGAUUUGUUUUUAUUUCAAUAAUAAAAGGGAAUUAAUUGACCGGGCACCGUCCGAUUAAACAGUUUGAAUUGUAUUAAUGAAAAAAUUAUAUUUCGAAAUUACACGGGGUGAUUAUUUUAUCGUAAUGUAUAAUAAGUAGGGAUGAAAAUAACUCUGCGUUGAUUUUUAAUAUUUUAACUCAGUGAAAAUCACUGUGUUAAAAUGAAGCAGAAUAAAGUAUUCGACAAUUAUUGCGUAAUGAUUGAAAUAAAAUUUACUCAAAAUGAGAAAGUUGAUGAAUCGCGGUAUAAUAAUCUGCACAUAUAAGUGAAGUUUCGAAUAAAUAUUAUGUUUUAAAAAAAAUUCGUCACUACAAAUCGUAUUUUAAAAAAAAGUGUGCAUUUCACGUGAUUUUUAUGAUUUCCUUUAAAAUGUGUAUAAAAUAAACUACUACACUAAGGUAUAACCGGUUUUUUUGUUUUUAACCGAUAAUAGUAAAUCUAUUACAACUUACAACUUAUUUCAGAUCGGCCAAAACAAUUGUGUACGCAUAAAACCGAAUAAAAACUAAAAACCUCAAAAAAUGUCAAAUAACUAUAAUUAUCUGGAAAAUCGCCAGAAUGGAUCGACAACAUCUAAAUUCUAGAAUGAGUCGAUAUAAGUAAAUUGUGAAAACAUCAGGUCUCUGCGAUUAUUUUUGACAGAAUUACAAACAAAAAACAAACAAUACAAAAUCGAUAAUAAUAAAAUCGUUAUUGCCGUAAAUUGUUCCGGUAUUUUCGUAAUGAUUUUGAAAACUGCCGGUGAAAUCUAAUUGUGAAAUCCUCCACGGCACCAACUAGACGGAAGAGGUGCUACACUUGACAAUCGGAGCAUGAUUUCCGGCAGAAAAAUCGUUUACAGAAUCUAAAAGUAAUCGGGAAAUUGAAAAUUGAAUAACCCUAUUAAUAAUAUUAAGUGUUACGUACGUUUGGCUAGCUCCCUCCCUCCUCUCCCCCCUUGUCGGAAUUAAAAUCAAUCGACGAAGUCAAUAUUUAGCGCGGAAUUCGCACGAAUACUCCAUCCGUUCCUGAAAUAUAUCGUUUUCCAGGGGAAGGUAAUAUAGCUAAAACGUCCUAUAUACAAGGUUGGAUAUCCUACAACAGGGUUGCCGUGCACGUUAAAAAAUCGAAUUUAUCAGGACUAUGAAGUUUAAUAUAAUACAGUAUUGAAUUGGGUAUUUGGACAGUUAUAAUACACGAUUUCAGAACAAAAUUGCAAUAAAAAAAAAAAUUUUGCGAUGACGGUUCGAUACGUGGUUUUCGGUUUCCGAUAAAGUUCUUAGUUUUACAACGUCUGGUGCUCAGUAAUAAAUUUUGUUCUUAGAAGACAGUAGGGGAAAAAACCGAUUUAAUAAUUAAAAUCGAUUAAUAUACUUGCAAUUUUCGGGAUCGCUAUUAGUUUUAAAAUGACGCGUGCUUUUCGCGAGAAACCGGCAAAUGUUUGAAUAUUUAAUGAUUAGAAUCCUAAAUGCCAGUCGGUCCUACGGUAUUGAAACGGACGUAUCUUCAUAUCUGAUUUAAUUUAAAACGUUCAGAUCACACUGGACAAUGAACGAAAAUCGACAAUAGUUUUAAAUUACAUUUAUUUUAAUCGUUAUUGAUACGAAUUAUAAUUUUUAUAAAAAUAUUCAAAACUUAUUUUCCAUCGUGUAUUUGCUAUAAGAAAUUACUAUUAUUUUAAACUACUGUGUAAUAUUUUUUAAAUUUUUUCAAUAUUUUAAAUACAAAUAAUGUAUGACGUAUGUAAAACAAUGAAAAUAAAACAAAUUUUAGAAAUAAUAUAUUAAUAUAUAAUUAUGUUCGUAUAGGAAAUUAUACGUAAUUAUUUUGGUAUGCAUAUAGCAUAUUGUAAUAUUAUUUGACGAUUUUACAUUUUGAAAAAAUCGGACGGACCGUAAAUUAAAUUCGUACCGACGCGUUUAUUUUUAAAUUCUAAAAAUCGUACAGAUAUAUUUAUUUAUCGACUUUGACAUUUUAUAUCGUUAUGGUCAAAACACAUCGAUCUAAAAAGAAAAAAUGCCCAGUGAUAUUGCUACAUGCAUAAUACGGCUAGUGUACACCCAAUCCAAUACCGAACUGUAUUUAACUAGUCUAAUAAAUGCGAUUUGUCUAUUGUACAACUCAACGAGGAUAGGCGAUGUUCCAGCUAUAGUAUUUCCCUCGCCUGAAAAACGGUACAUCUCAGAACCGGAUGGGGCUGGUGUUACGGAGUUUUUAUAUGCGAAUUUCGUGCUAAUUAUUGACGUAUUUUUAAAAAAAAAAAAAAAAAAUUCCUAUAGAGUAGGGGGGCUGACCAAUCGUACGCGUGUAACUUUUUUCCUUACUGCGAAAUGGUAAAAACCAACGUUUUUUUUCGUAUUCCGUUUUUUAAAAUAACUAUACUUAUGUAAAUAGUAUUUUAUUUUUUCGAAAGCUUAUUAUUGUUCUGUACGUUUUGUCGGUUUGUAAUAUUUCGAUUGCAAUGCAAAGGACCCUUCGGUUGUCAUAGUUAUUGCCGUCCGAAACCGCGUGUAACAUAUACGAUAUAAUUAUAUAACAGCUAUCCUGUCUACUCAUCCAAUCAGUUAACCGAGUGUUUUUGAUAAUAAAGAUAAAAUAGCGAUGCGGACCGAUGAAAUGCCGAUUCGUUUUAAUGUUAAUAUAAUCUAUGGCGAGUAGAAAUAAUUUAAUACCGCCGGACUGAAGUUUCGCUCCUUCCAAAACGCUCGUAUUCGAGUACUCGGUAACAACAGGUUUUUCUUUUUAAUAUAACACCUGUUAUUGUAAUUAUCUGAAAGGUAAAACGAACAUUAUUAUCGAUUUAAUUUUCGAAAUAUCAUUGUGUCCAAAAACAAAAUGUAAUACACCUGCAUCAAAGCCGUGCGUGUGCAAUUAUAUGUUAUAUAUAGGUAAUAUACCUAUGACUAAUGAUGUAACAAAAAGACCGAUACUGACGAUGGGUGUGCCACUGUUUUAGGAAGACAGUCGGAAGGGAGUAGUUUAAUUGCCGAAGAACAACCAUUCUGAGCAGAGUAUUAUUAGUACUUAGCAGGUAGUGUUUUUUCCCUUAUCGCCAAGGUGACCCAGAAUGAAAACUAUUUUAUUACUUUUUUCUUAACGUUUCCUUGUACAAAUUAAGUAGCCGUAUAUAAUUAUAACACUAAUACAUACGAGGCGUGCACCGUUUAAUGACAGAAAUAGUUUAUUCAAAAUUCUAAAAUUUAAAAAAUAACUAGGCAGGUACUUAUUAAAAAAAAAAACAACAUAGAUUUAGACAUUUAGUGUAUAGUAUAGAUAUUACUAGUGUAAUAUGUCACCUAUUUGACCGCGACAAAUUAUUGUUCCGAAGGUAAAUUUCGACGGUAGGUCACGUAUUGAACCGCAACUUAAUUUUUAAUUAUUUAUCAAUAUAAUUACUAUAUUACCGGCUAAUUAAAUUAUAUUUAGUAAUUAGACUAUAAUUUUACUGGUACUUAGUGUAAUAUUGCGGUUUAAGCGUCGGCACUGUGGCGGUCAAACGAUUUUGUCGUGCCCCCUCCCCUCUCCUACACGGAUGACUCUGAAUUUUUUCAUAUUUCAAUAGUAUUAUUAUUAUUAUUUACAUUUAUUUUUUUUUCGAUAAAUAAACAAACAUUGCAUCUAAUAUAUUAUUAUAAAUACCGAUGAAGGGGGCAAAGUCGCCGGGGAAUUAUUCUCCUUACCUGCACCCCCUCCGGUUUUUGACCGUCCCUGGGCGAACUGCACACGUUUCAUAUUAUACAGUCGUCGUCGUAUAUUUUAGGCGUACAAUAAUGUCUAUAAAUAACAAAUAUUAUAUUUUGUUUGAACUAUUUUUGAAAUGCUUGAGUCAUCGAAUUGCUCAUCGUCACCAUCAACAGCGCUCUCGGUACCUACCGUAGUUGUACUUAUCUGUAUUGUUUAUUUUUAAUAUCGUUAAUUGCGUGUUAAAAAAAAAAAAAAAAAAUAAGUUUUGGAAAAUAGAUUAAUUUAUAUUAUUACUCAUAUAUUCAAUCCAUAUACUAUUCUCAUCCGUGUCCAAACAGUUCCGUAAAAUAAUAAUUAAAAAAAAGAAGCGAAUUCGCUAUAAUGAAUCGUUAAAUAAAAACGUGUCGAUGUGCGCGUUUUAAUCGCUGACGAAUUUAUUUAUCAUAAUUAUGAACUUAAUAGGUAGUUAAUAAUAAAUAUAAUUUUAUUAUUUUUACAUUAUUUCACUGUUAUUUAUUUAGAAGUCAUUUGUAACGUAUACGGUUUUAUGCAUUAGUUAUAUUUAUAUGUUGUUUUAACGCAGCAAUGUACAAUAAAAUAUCCACAGAAAACGUGUUACGUAUAACGACGAUAAUUUUAUUUUAAACUAUCUGCACACUUAUGUAAUUCCGGUUUUAUCAUUCAUUUUUUUUUUUUUGUACCUACGCACGUUGUGAAUAAUUAUUGUAGUUAUCAUGUAGGUACAAUAACAAAAAAAAAAAAUAAAAAUGUAUUAAAAAUCCGUUGGUAUUUCAAUAAUCUGUAUUAAUAUUAUGUCAAAUCGUAAUCAAUUAACGGUUGUCCAGGUAUUUCAAGAUUGAGUGAAGCGGAAAACGUAUCGUUUUUACAAAUCUAUUUUUUUUUUUUUUUUUUUUAGAUUUUAAGCUAAGUGGUGAGGAAUGUAUUGGUUUUACUUUAAUGUGUGGAAACAAAUUCUCUACCUGAAAUUUUGUUCUAAUCAAAAAUGUAUAGGAAUUUUCUUGUAGCGUUUUUUUUUUUUUCUUUAUGUCCGUGACUAUUUUAUGGGUUAGUAAAAGUGCUCCAAAAACGUUUGUAUACCUUUAAAAAUACGCGAUGAUGGGUUCCCUAGAUUCUAAAGUUAUUCUGGGAAAUUUGAGUAAAAAAAAAAAAUAAUUUUAAAUAUUCUGCUGAUUUGGCAUUUCGGAAAACACGGAAAUCUGACAAUAUCUCGAAGACACGUUUACAUUUUAAAAACAGUCGAACGAAUUUUACUCAAAAGUUCUUUUCCAAUAAUUUAUUGGUUUUUGUAUAUUUGUAUGGUAUUUUUCGUAUAAAAUGUUUAUAAUGUAUAUGCGUUUCAGUGUGCCAUCUGAACAGAACUCAUCUGCACCACCGUUGCCCCAUGUCAGCCGUUUGUUACGAGGGCGGAAUGGGCGGCAGAUCUCGAGCCGGUCUUAGACUCAGCCUGAACAGGAGCAUCAGUGAGCCGGGCCCGGCGACACCGCCGUCAUUGCAAUCGCUUACCGUGGUUACCACGCCAACCAACUCGAAACGGUUUCGAUUGGAACCUUUGCCUGGCCUGUCGGCCAGCCUACCCGCCAGCCUGCCCGUGAGCCCGAAUACCGACAGUACUGAUUUAAGUAGCACUCUCGUGCUCAAAAAGGUAUGCAGUACAUAAAGUGAUAUUAUUAUACCCAUAAUAAGUACCGUUGAAAAAUAUACAGGUGAUCAACAUAACGUAAGAUACUCAUUAUCUCGGAAAGUAUUAACUUAUUUAACCGAAUUCGUUUAAUCGUUACUAAUUGCUUCAAUUUUAUUAAAACGUGAAUUCCGAAAGAAAUUAAUACUUUUCAAUAUAAUGAGUCUUUUACAUUAUGUUGAACACUCUGUAUGUAUAUGUGUAUGUAUAAUGUAUGUACGGUAUGAAUUAUAUGCAGAAUGAUGAACACUCGAUAAGACAUUCAUUAUCGAGAAAAGUAAUAACUUUUUUUCCUGGCAGUUUAAGAAACAAGCAUCUCUAAAAUGUUACAUUGCUGUUAUUUUUUGUCACAAUUAUUUUUGAAGGUGAAAGUACUAUCCACUUUUGAAUUUCAGUUAAAAAUAUAAAUUAAAUAUUCCAUAAAAAAAUGAAGUUUUAGUUUGGAUACACAUUGGCGCUAACGUCUUUGAGUUUCGUCAAUCCGUUGACGAGAUAUUCCACUUUUAUGUUUUGAUCUUAACUUCCGAAAAUAAAGGCGACACAAAUUAACGGUAAUGUAACGUUUUAAAGCUGCUUGUUUAUAAAAAUAAUUGUUCACGACAACAAAUUUCGAAAAAAAGUUAAUACUUUCCGCGAGUGAUAAUAAGCGUCUUAUCGAUGAUCGGUCACUCUUUAAUCUGUAUAGGUUCCUUCCAUCGUUCGAUAAUUGUUUUUAUCAAGUAAAAUAUUAUCGACCAUAAAAAAAAAAAAAAAAAAAAACAACUGACUCACCGUGAUGAAUAUUAUGAUUUAACAGCAUAUUUAUAAAUGUAUAUAAUAAAACUUGAUAAUAUCGUUAUAUUACAUGUAUAUAUAGGUUAGGUGCAUUAUCAAUAUAAUAAUAUACGUAUAUUACAACCCAAUCACUAUUAAAUAUUGCAACCUUUUGACGUUAUGUACAUAUACAACGUCAAAAGGUUAUAGGUAUAUAGUAUAAGUACAUUUUGCUUUCUGUGCGUUAAAUACUUACACAUCGGACAAAUAUGGCACGUAAUUCAUUUUAUGUAAUAAGAAUAUUGAGAAAAUUAUUUUUAAAAAUGAACGCAUUCCCGAGUAUAAAAAAAAGUAAUGCAUUCACAUAAUGAAUUAUGAAUAUACCGCAUUCAUAUUAGGUAUAAUGUACGUCAUGUAUGUUUUUCCUACUAAAAAUUAAAAAAAAAAAAAAAAUCUACAUACAUUUUCACUAUUAUUUAAUAAUUUUUUUUGGAAAUUCUUUCGUUUGAAUUUAUAUAUUUCGACGUAAAACCGAUGAAGUUCACGUUCAUAAUUCAUAACAAAAAUGACAGUAAUUUAUUGCAUUCAUAAACGAAUUCCUCGUAUGAAGACGUAAAUUCAAUGAAUUCAUUAAUUUUCCAAAACACCGGUAGGUAUAUAAUUCCAUUGUUAUUCUUUAUUAUUAUUAUCGUAAAUCAUAGUAAUAUAUAGGAAAAUAAACAGUAUUUUCUUUCCCGCAGGUCAAACGAAUAGACGCUGACACGUAUAAACAGAAAUUGGAGAUGUACGGAUCCGCGGUUUUGUCCAUCGACUGCCGGUCGUUCGUGUCCUACAACGUGAGCCACGUGCUGGGCGCCGUCAACGUGAACGCUUCCGACCGGAUCAACAGGCGGAGACUGCAAACACGGAGGGCCACCCUGGUGGACUUGACGUAUUCCAGGAGCUCCAAAGAAGCGCUGAAACUUCGGGGUUACCGGGAUAUAGUGGUGUACGACGAUUCCACUGUCGAUUUGGAUAGAGUACCGUCCAAUCAUCCGUUGGUAUUGAUCCUCACGGCUUUGGUGGACGACGAACGAGAACCUUCGUUUCUUAUCGGUAAGUCUUACUAUAACGCAUAUUUUGUAAAGUCAUUCGAAAAAUACACUUUUUUUUAAAAUUGGCCCAUAUGACAACAAUAUCAAUACUUGUUAUGUAAUAAAAUACUUAUUAUACUUCAGAGGUUGGCUAUGGCAAUUGAAUGCGAAGCAAACAGAAGGGCAAAUUUCAAUAUUUGCAGUCAGAAUUUAAAAAAAAAACCUCAUGCAGUGAAAGUGCAAUAUAUCGGCGUUAUUAUGCAUUAAUGAAAUCUUAUCAUUAAUGCCUAAUAAAUCAAAAAUUCAUGUUAGCGUAUAAAAAUCUUAAAAAUACAAUUUUGGAUCCGAAAACUCCAAUAAUGCUUUAAAAUGAGCGGACAAAAUGACUUCAAAAUCAAAAAUUGUAUACAAUCUAAAAUAAUAUUACAUAUUAUCAUUUAAAAGCACAUGGAACGAAUCUGUAACAAUACACAUAUCGCACAGCAAGCUUUUAAAAACAUUGUAAUGUGUAUUGAAAUUUCAGUCCUAAUGAUAAAUGAUAAUACUAUUUUAAACAUGCAUUUUUGAAUGUUAUCAGAAACAUUAAAAUAUUUUUUUUUUGUGCUCAUAUUGAUUUUUGCCCUUCUGAUUACUUUUGAUUAUUGUAUUCAAAUAAGUCUAUUAUAUUAAUUGAUCUCUUUAAAUGAUUAUGCUAUACUUGCGUAUAAGUAUCUAGGAUGUAUUAACGACGAUACUUGUAGCAAUGACUACAGCUAGUGGUUUAAGUAUAAAUUUGAUUGCUUCUUCUUCUUGAAUCGAUAAAUUUUAAUUUAAAAAAAAAAAAAAUUGUAUACAAAUUGCCUAUACGCGACCCCUUUACAUUACUGAUACUGUUCAACGAAGGCGCUGUUCGAAGAUAAUACUAUACAAUGCAUAGUAUAAUACUUAUUUUAUGUGUGUGUAAUAACUAAUAAUACACAAAUAAUAAUAAUGGGUAGUCAUCGAUCAAUGGAUUAAUAUAAUGAUUGAAAUUCGUACACAUAUGAUUAGAAAAACACCCACGAGCGGCAGAGCACCAUCACUAAAGUUGAAUUUUUUCCAUAGCAGACUCGUUGACGUUACAAUACUUAUUUUUUUUUUUUAAAUUUAUCUUAUGUAAUUACGAUUGUCAGAAUUUAUUAUUUUGUUUACAAUUUUGUUUUGGUUUUGACCACAUAUACUCCCUCAUUCCGCUAUUUAAUAUUAACCUUAAAUAUAACCUAUUUAAUAUUAAACCAAGAUAAUAAAAUUAUUGUAUAUAAAAUAUUUUUGGGAUGUAUGCCAGUAUCACUUGCUCGUGCUGCACCUUGGAUAAUUCUAAAAGAACUAGGACGUAUUUGGGCUACAUUGAAAAUAUGGUAUUUUUUCUUAGGACGCACUCUGGUGAUAUCUUAGUCCUCACGCGCUCAGGACAUUGAAAAAGGAUCAUUUAAGGACGCACUCGGAUAACUCCGGAAUUUUCCCAUUUAAAAUACACAUAUUUUUACAGUGUUAUAAAUUUGAAUUUAUCCCUGCGCUCAGUGUAUCCGAAAUAAUCCUAAACUGGUAGGAAUGGACUAACAAUUCUACUACAUUUCUUCGAAGAAAAAAUAAAUAUAUUUUAGUGGUACCUAGUCAUAGUAGUGUAGUAGUAGUUGUUAGCCAAUUUCUACCAGUUUAGAAUUUCUUCGGGUAUACUGGGCAUAGGGAUAAAUUCAAUUUUUAAUAAUUAAACAUCGUAAAAAUAUGUGUUUUUAUUGUGCAUUCGUAUUAUGCGUUAUAAAUGGGAAAAUUCAACUCCCACGUGACGUCAACUAGCGUCUAAAUGAAAAUCUGAACAAAUUAUAAGAUUUGUUUUCAAUUAUUUUCUUUUAGGAACUCAAUUCGAAAAUAAAUCACGCCUUAAUAUACUUACCACCGUCGGUUUUCCGUUUAGAGUUAUCAGGAAUUUUAUUUUUUAUCGUUGCCACGGGAAUUAAAUUAAUGCUUACCGGAAUUAAAAUUAUAACAUUAUUACAUAACAGCGUGUAGAUAACAAGAGAUAAUAUGAUACACUCAAUAACGAAUACAUAAAUAUAGGUGUGCUUAUUUGUUUAAUAAACCGACCCAUAACUAGUUGUAUACAAUAAUAACCUUACUAUGUAAUUGGUUAAUAAUUUGUUUUACUAUUGUUGUUCGGUCCCUAUUACUAGAAUCGUCUGCGAAAUCGGCUGACGAAAAGUUGCAAUAUAUUUGUGUUCUCAUUAGUAAUUAAUCGUAUACACUGCAUAUAGUAUAUAUUAUUUAAUCAAGAUAUAUUUUCACCGAACGAGUCCAAUUAUUUAAAAUUGUUAUUUCAAGCCGAACUAAUCGGAUCUAUCGGCUACAUAUUUUUUAUGGGCACAUCGGGUACCUUUAGUAAUUAUGUAACAUACUAUAUAUAUAUAUAUAAAAAAAUAAAAAACCGAACGAAACGUGUCCAAGUCCAUAUUAUAAUAUGUUAAGCCGAACUAAGUGAUUGUCAAAAUUAUUUGUGGGGGGGACUGACAUUUUUCAUAGGCGAAAUAGAUAUAGAUUAUAGAUGUGUCCUCCCCUCAAAAACAUACUACGGCUACGGCGUAUAUAUAACGCUGCAAAUUUCCAACUGCCCAACGCCUAAUAUUCAAUGUUCUUCUCUAUCGUUUAUAAGUAAUAUGAAUAUGCCCGAGGCGAAAAUAUAAGUACGUAAAUACGACAGCAUUUGUCGCGGUAGUAUUUUUAGGAAAGAUUAAGUAGCGGCUAACAAUUUUAUAAAAAUUUUCGGUAUAGUUUUGGCGCGUGUAAAAUCUACUUAAAUAAAAUUGUCACAAUCGUAAAUUAUUAUAAUAUUUGCGGUUUACACAUUAUACUGUAAAUAAUUACUGACGUACGUAAUAAUUAUAAUAUUUCUAAAAAUACUACAAAAAUAUUUAAUUGUCAUUGCUCGGCAAAGAGACUAUGUAUGAUAAUAUUGUUAAUGUUCGUUUUUCGACAAAGGACCUAUUUUAUUCUUGUCGAUAAUUGUAUUAUAUAUUAUAUUUUUAGGCAAACAUCGCAUCUACAUAAUAGGUAUUAUGUACCUACAUAAUAAUGUUUUAGAUGAGUCAAAAUUCUAUAUAAAAGGUAAAUCGACCGUUUUAAUUUUACACGAUAAUGUUGUUUGAUAUUAUUGUUUAUUUCAAGAUUGUGUGUAUUGUUCAGUAGAAAAAAGAAGUCUCAUAUUAUUUAUUAGCUGCAAAUAUUAUAUCUGUACACCGUAGUGAAUCAUAUACGAAAGAAGUCAUAAUUCAAUAUUUAACAAUAAAAUAAAGUAUUUAGUUUUGUAUUACUCAUAGAUAAUAUCGGGUAGGUCUGACGUCUCGAUUUUUGAUUUGUCACGUAAUACGCAAAGUUAAACCUACGUCUAUUAAUUCAAUUUUCAAAUAAAGUCUGAAUAUAUCUGUGUACGGUCUUUUUCCUGUUCUGGUGUUACAAUAAUGGUAGACAGGAAGUAUAAUAUUAUAUAGAAUGAUCAAUCUAUCGUUAGACACUCAUUAUCUCGGAAAGUAUUAACUUUUUUCGGAAUUUGUUUUUAUAGAAUUUUGAAUUGAAAAAACAAGCAGGCCCUACAAUUUUAUAUUUUUUUUUAUCUUUAUUUUCGGGGGUAAAAUUACUACUUAUAUGUGAUUUUCAAAUAACAACCUGUGUUCAAUAUUCCACAAAUAGGCGGCAUAUUAGUUAAAAUUAAUGUUGGUGUUGAAAUGUUUGAUUUCCGUCAUUUCGUUUACGAGAUGUUCCGUUUUUAAGUUUUGGCUGGGGUAUAGUAUUGGUGCAUUAUUAAAACGUCACACGCAGUUUAACUAAUACUCCAUUUAUUUAUGCAAUUUUUAAUGUAGAUUGCCAUUUGAAAAUCAAAAGUAGGCAGUGGUUUUACCCUCGGAAUAAAGAUGUCAAAAAAAUCAUUAAUGUACAAUAUUAUAGAGCUGUUUGUUUUUUAAAUGUUCUGUGAAACAAACUCUGAAAAAAGUUAGUUACUUUCCUAACUGACUCGAAAAAUUACAAAUUACUCGAGUGAUAUACAUUUUUAGUUUUCGAUCUCAUCGGCUUUAUUUUAUUCACGUCGGUAGGUUUUGUUUUCACGUAUAAAACCCACGGGUAAAAAAACGCUAGACAAAAAUAUUAUUUAUGUCAUUUAACGCCGAAAUCGUAAUUUUUUACGUUUUUUUUUCUUUUAUAAUCAUCGAUGUGUUUUAAAAUCGUGAUAUUUUUUGGUUUCAAAAAAAAAAAAAUUAAAUUUUUUUUAAACCGUUGGUUUUUGCGCUUCUCUCGGGAUAGCAAUACAAUAACAUUAUCAUACGAUUAAUUAUAAUUUGAGAAUAUACAUCAUCAUGACUUCCUCAUUUUAAUUGUAACGUAUAUAACACUUUUGAUAGUGUGAUGAAAUUUACCAUGUACGGCCCUCUCUGACAUCAUCGACGCAUUUCUCAAAAUCGUCUAGAAUUUAAAAAAAAAAAAAACGGUUAAUAUUUUAAUAUGAUAUUCGUUCGUCGAAUUGUCAUUUUGUAAUUAUAAUUUUUAUUAAUGAUAUUAAAAACAAAUUUCUUAUUAAACAAAAGAUUGUACAAUUGUGCAAUUAUUAAAUGCGAGAUGUCAUAAUAUAAAAUUAAAAUAUUUAGGUGAAUUGCACUAUAAUAUCUACGGUGUAUAAUAUUAUGACUUAUAUGUUCAAUCUCUAUUUUGGAGUGGGAGGAAUAGUGAAACAGAUAUCUACUUUUGAUUUUCAAAUUCUUAACAAUUGUUAACAAUUUUACAAGUGGAUUAGGUUUUAGUUUUAAGCACACAUUUUGGUGUUGACGUUUUUAAUUUUCGUCGAUCCGUUGAAGAGAUAGUCCACUUGUAAGUUCGGGAAGAGCACAAUUAAUGAUGUUCCAUUACUUUAAUAAAAGCAAUACUUUAAAGCGAAAUAUCUCGUCAGUGGAUUGACAUAAAUAAAAAAUUUGGUUGUAACUUGAAAUUUGGAAGACAUCCUGUAUACUCGCAGCCCUUGGCGCGCAUCCUUUACGCAUCAUAAAUAAAAAAAAAAAACAUGUCAGUAAAAUAAUUGUGCUAACCAUCACAUAGAUAUACGUGUAUUAUUGUUGCCAACUGUAUAUAUGAUUAUUUUUAGAGGUUUUUUUGACUAUUAUUAAAAGUCCAACGUUUUUAUUUACCAAAAUAAUAUACGAACAUUAUUAUGAUAUCUUUGAUCCUGGGAACGAAGGUCUUUGUCGAUUUUGUAUAGUUUCCAAUACAAGCGAGUUUAUUGCACUUUGAAAGUUGCUGUAUGACAUAAUGACAUAAUAUUGCUAACUGGCCUAACCUGAAUAUGGCGUUAUAGAUGGCUUAAAUCGUGUAAUUAUACAACUAACAUUGCGAAAUAAUAAGUACAUCGUAUUGACUUCGGACGUUUUAAUUGUCCGUAUAACAUAAUAUGUGGAUAAACAGGCCCGAGUCUCACGGGCCCUGGACGGCACCACAUUUUGAAUCAAACCGAACAAAAAUUUUAAUAACGACGAAAAAUGAAUUGAAAACAAUUUACAUAUAAUAUUUUUAACAUAAUAUAAAAUUGAAUUUUCAAUAAUUUACUUCUCUUAGGGUUUUGGGGAGGGGGAAGAGAGGGCGGAACUUGUGCUAAAACCGACCCUGAAGAUAUAUAUAUACAUUAUGUAGUUUGGACCAACGAAUAAAGGCAACAAAAUUUUACAAGACAAAAUUAAAAAAAAAAAAAAAAAAAAAAAAAAAAAAAAAAAAACCAACAAUUGAUUUAAGCCCCGCAUAUUCCGCACACUGACUGUAGAAACAAUUCGUUAUUCGAAAACGCAUUAUUUAUUAGUAUUUAUUAGUUAUCGCAGCUGUUUAUUUUAUUAAAUCUUUUCUCUGUACUUAUGAUAUUAUAAUAUCAUACCGCAUUGCACUAAUAUCGAACUUGUAAUUAUUAUUAUUUUUUUUUUUUAUUGACCCCUGGCCCGGCCAGACGUACGAUGACGUCAUAAUAUAAAAUAUUAUUAUACCUAUAAUAGUCAAGGAUCAACAUUAUGGACUUGAAUGGAUCAUUAUAUAUAUAUAUUUUGUUUAAUAUUAUUCAAUUUACACAAUCUGUAUAAUUUAAUAUAGAUCACUAUCGCGGUACCUAUCUAAUACGAAUAUAAUAUUACACAUUAUGUAGGCCAUGCGUACAGAAACUCUUAGAAACUCUUUGGAUUUAUAUAAAACUCCGUCUGACCCGAAACAUUGAUUUACGGGGCCAGGAACGUCUUCUAGUCGAUUUCUCCUGAAAUUCUUGGGGGUGGAGGGAAGAUGAUAUUAGAUUAUUUUAUAUGACAAUUUUUUCUCUCGAAAUUAUGACUUAAGAAUAAUUGUCGAUAAUAAAUAUUUUUGUGAGAUAAAAAUGUAAAAUCUACAUUCUAUGGCUCACAAGGAAGCCUCCCCCUUUAUCAAGGACGUGCUAGACUCGGGUCGCUAUGAAAAUCGGACGAAAUCGUAUAAAACGGUGUACAAUAUUUUAAAAUGAUUCAAAACGAAUAUCGAUCGAAUGAAAAAUUAUUGGAUUACUUCCAAAAAUAAAGGUGACAAAAAAUAAUAUAAAUAUAAAACUGCAGAGCAGUUUGUUUCUAGGAAAAAGUUAAUACUUUCCGAGAGUAUAUUCACUUAAAAGGAUCACCUUGUAUGCGAUACACAUACCAUAUUAUAACAAUAAUGUUGGUUCGUAUAUUUUACCAAAUUAAUCUUCAUUUAUAAAUUUGGACGUGAUAUUAUAAAAUUAGUCAUGUCAUGGAACACAGACCAUUCGACAAGUGCGACUUUGUGACGGCACAUAGGUAAUGACAUUUUGUUGAUAUUUGUUUAAAAGAAAACGAAAACCACAAUCGUUUAUAAUUAAUUAUUAUCCGUUUAAUAGGUAUGUUAAAGAAUAAUAAUGUAAAUUAUAGUGUAUUUUGUAUUUAUUUUGCUCAGAAUAUUUCGAUCGAAGUGAAAUUUAAAAUAAAAAGAUUUCCACGAUGGGUGGGCCACUGUUGUAGGUGAGAAUUUAGAAAAGAUUAAGAUAUAACGGGGAAUUUAAUGUGUAUCUGUACGCAAAGAUUAAUCUUUGCUAAUGAAAAACGAUUUUUAGUGCAAUUGGAUUUUACAUGUUUUAAAAGGUCGUAAUGUUUACGAUUUAAAAAUAGUUCAAUUUGUACAUUUUCCCGUCUUUCCUUAGUUUUUCUCAUUUAUUAUAAUAAACCCCUGAAAAAAUCAAAAAAUGGUUUCCCAAAAGUACAACCCCAGUAAGAUUUCCUUUCUGAAAAAGCGUUAUAAUUGAAAAUCGGAGCAAAAUUGCUGGCUGAAAAAUUGUAAACGCGAAAUCGAAACAUUUCAAAUAUAUUAUUACCCACUAUACGUUUUACUUAAUAAUUUUUGUCUAAAGGAGAAUUCUUAACACGUCAUGUUGUACGAGCAACUUUUUUCUGUUUGACUCAUCUUGUCACGGUAGAUACAUUUUAAAUGUAUCUUUUCCAAGACGUUACCGGUAGUUGAAUAAUGUAUUCCACUCAUGACCAGCACGGUCGUUGCGUGUACCUCUACUGUGCGACUAGUGUUGGAUGAAUCGUACAUCGAUUAUUUCAUACUAUAAUUUUACCACAAAAAGCUAUAAUCCAACAAAUUCAAUUUCACACCACACCACACGAAACGACACGCAACGACGAGUUGUAAAUCUCAUUUAAUUAUUCUGCCUAUAAAAGACGCUUCUGAUGAAAAUGCGUAGUCUUUUCUUUGGGAUAGAAUUAAAAUUAAUUUUUUUUUUCAUGUUCGAAUUUUAAAAACAAACCAAUAAGUAAUUAAUACAAUGUGAUUUUAAAUAUCCGCAGUUUGGGAUGCACCGGUCUAGUAAAUAUUUUGUUAAAAUUUCGGCUCGUCCGAAAAACACACAGAGUUUAAAACAAACGCGAACGGUAUAAUUCGCAAAGUGAUAAUAUUUGUGCGCCGGAUUUCCGCAUUAUUUGUUGAAUAUUUCCUUAAGAUUUCACCGCAGACCGAUUUCCUAAAGAUCGACUAACGAUAUUACGCAUGGAGGAAAAACAAAUACGAUCGAACCAAAAAUAUAGAUAUAAUAUUAUGUUGAAAUUAUCGUUAUUGCCAAAUGAAAAAUAUAUUUGUUUUCAGCACACAUUGAGUCACAUAUAUUGAGUCAAUAUAUGUAUAUACGAUUAUUGACAGAGGCGUAUUUGUUUGGUAAUUCAAUCUUGCAAUAUUAUACUCGCAGCCGGGUUAAAAGGAAAAGCUGGAGUUUUCGAACGAAACUGCGCUUUUUUUCGAAACCGGCUUUUAAAUGUACGCUUUUCCGGUUUUCGCGUCCAGGAGAAGUUACGUAGGUUAUAAGAUUUAUUCGCGAUUUUGAUUCAUCCUAUAUCCGCGGUGCGUUUAAAACGUGACUGGCAAGGCGAACCGGUGAAUUUAUUGACACACUGCGAGUCUGACACCGACGAUGUCAGUAAAUUAUUGUACGCAAUCGCUGCGGAAUUCGAUAUUUCGUAAUAUUUUUUAAGUAUACGCGCGGGGUUCAUUUCGAAAAGUCACGUGACGAAAAGGCAGCUGCAGCAGCAGCAGCUAUCCGGUGAGACCGAACAUCGCAUCCCUUCCAUUAUACCGGAGUAGGGUACACGUGCACAUGUGUACACGUCAGACAUUGCGACGCAUAUAAUAAUAACUCGGCGCGGUAAUAUGCUUAAAGGAAUUCCGCGGUCCGAUGUCGUGCCCCGAGAUGUUGCGUAGUCCCUGUACAUCCUGUACGCCGUACAGACACGUCAGUUACGUUAUACAGGGUGAUCAAUCCUGGAUACGCAAGACAAUCGUUAUCUCGGAAAUUAUAUUAACGGUUUUGUUUUUGUUUUUUUUUUUUAUUUUUUUCCUCGGAAAGUUUAAGGAAUAAACGUCUAUAAACGUUUUACGUUUUACGUUCCACUUCAUAUUAUAUUUACAGAAUUUUAAUAUUAUUGGUUUCUCUUAGAAAAUCAAAAGCGGCUAACGGUUUCGCCGCCAAAAAUAAGAGUGACAUAAAGUAACGGAAAUAUAAUAUUAGAGCUGCUAAUUUCAAAAAUUGCCAAACAAGAAAAAUCUGAAAUACUUUCCGAGAUAAUGAGCGUCUUGUCAAGGAUCGAUCACUCUGUAUAACAGCUUAUAUUAUGUUAGAUCAGCUGCCCUGUAAUACUUAACGCGCGUUCAAAUCGGAGGGGUGUAAGGACAAAGACGCAUAGGUAUACGCGUCUCCAGAUGUGCAUCGCAUACCGCUUGUUUCUAAACCAUUUUGCAGUCUGCAGCCGCGUACAAGAUAAGGCGCGUAGUGGCCCCUCAUUUUGUACCGAAAAACAGAGCCUACUAUUUUAUUUUUUACAGCACCCGAGUACAACCACACAUAUGAUCUACGAAAUUUCCGAGCAUUUUUACGUAGGUAACCAAAAAAGUUUUUUCCACGUGAACGAACGAGUAUACAAUAGUAUGAUGCGCAAAAUGUCCGUUAUUUUUACAAAUUGUAUCGUGAUUUGAUAUGUUAAAAGCUUAUAAAAAAAAUAUCUUUACUAUAGAUGUUUUUGACAUUUUAAUUUUAUCAUAAGAGUAACUUAUGCGGACGGUUACAUUUUUAUUCGCAUAAAACCAAACGAAAACUCUGAAAUUUCAAAUACACUCAAAUAACUAAAAAAAAUUGUACAAUAUAUUGAAAAUCGUAGCAAGUAUACCUACACGGAGAAAGGUCCACUCGAAAUUUCCCAGAGAGUCAUCAGUACGUGACUGUACAAUGUUUUAUAAAAACGUAUAGGUACGCUAGAAAUCAUUAAAAUGCGAUAUUGUAGUAGUAUCGAAAAGUUGUUUACAAAUUUCAGAAAAAUAUAUCAAAAACGACAGUAUUAUCUCUGUAGGCAAUUAUGGUGCUUGUCUUAAAAAUAUCUCCUAUAAAGCGACUUUGUCGUCAUACGUAAUAGUAAGAAAAUGUGUCUUAAAACGGAAAUGUAUUAUAAAAAUAAAAAAUGCGAUUAUAUUCGUCUUAUGUUUUCAUAAAUAAUUAUCUAUAACAUUGUACAAAUGCCGUUUUUCAAAUAUACAUAAAGGGCGUAUCCUAUUAUUCGCUAACGCACAGCAUAUUCGAUACUCGAGUAUUGUAUUCUAUAAAAAAAAAAUUCUAAAAUUUUUCAGAAGCUUUUCCACGUCUGUCGUUAUCUUUGUAUAAAGAUAUUUAUGUAUGUUAUAUACAAUUGAAAUGUCUGUCCAACUGUAUUUCUGGGAUAAUUUCAGAAAUGGCGUGUUUCGAUUUGGAAUGGGAAAAAUGGACUAUUAUAAUAGUAAUAGAAUACCUACUUAAAAAUAUUAAUCUCAAAAAAGGUUCCGGCAGAUUUAUUAUAAUAUAUUGAAUAACGCCAUCGCGGACGCGCCGAGGGGAAAUUAUGAGCACGAAAAAAAAAAAAAAAGGAAAAAAAGACCCUAGUUUAAUACUAGGUACAUAUAUAUAUAAAUGUACGGUGGGGGGGGCGUAGAUUUCUUUUAAACGUGAUGGGGUUUCCUUUAGUGCUUAUUCGCCGCCAUCGUGCGUUUCGAAAUUCCCGCGCGAAACAAUAUAUUAUAAACAAUAGUUAUAUCCGUGCCCAUAACCAGCAGCAACCCUUCUGAUUUCUUACAAGUGUUGUGUUCACCGAGUAUGACGUGUCGUCGAGUGAUGUUUGCGAAGGGUACACGUUGCAUCGCAUUGUUAUUACUCAUAUAAUAAUAAUAACGUGCAAGUACUCGCCGCUCGUACAUUAUAAUAUGACGGUACCUACUAUAAACUAUAAAUAUGAGUAAGCUAAAACCGAAAAUCACACAGGUUCGGACUUUAAGCUCAAAAUAAAUGUAUGUAACGACGAAAAAUUGUAUCUAUUGAUGGCAGUUUUGCAUCGUCCAUAGCUUAAAUCGCAUAUAAAAAACGCAUUUCGGAUUUUUUCGUUGUACAGAUAAUCCUUUUCCCGGUUUUUUUUUUGAUUUUCUGAUAAAUGCGAUUUUUGUUUAUAGCCUACUCAUUAUAUCGAAAUACACUAAUCCAGAUGAUAAGAAAACAAAAAAACGACCGGAAAAUCGGUAUCCGGGUAAGUAUAACAAUUUUGAACCAUGAAAAUCUCGUCUACACACCAAAACUGAAUACUGAUAAUGCUCUCACGAAGUUAAUGUUUUGUGGUUGAAAAACCACUUCGGGCGUUGUGGUAAAAGGCUAAUCCACGUCGGGUAGGUUCAGGCACGUACUCAGAAAAAAUUCGGGGAGGGGCGUGAAUUCCACAGGACGUUCACAAGUAUACAAAAAAAAUAAAUAUUAUUUUGAACCAUUGAACUAGUAUGAAUUUUGUUUUUCAAAUUUUGGGGGUACCUCUACUACCUCCUCAGUAUACGUACUUGGAUAUAACAUUUUGAAAAAAAAAAAAAAAUUCGCAAAUUAUGCUAUAGUUAGGUAUAUUUUCUGAUCAUCCGGGGCAGAACUGAAAAGUAAUAUUGACCCACUCGUUUGCUGAUUUUCAUCAAGAACACGUCAAUUGAGACUAUAAUUAUUUUAUACUUCAUACUUGCAUGGCGUAGUAAUUAUCAGCCACGUAAUACUGCACAGAAGCACCGCGUUGCUGAAUCAUUUAAUUGGAUCGGACGUAUAAAUUGCUUGGUUGUUGCGGAUAUUAUUUAAUUACAAUAGUUUUAAUGCGAUUUUAUAAUAUGUAUACAGUAUGAGUAUAUGUACGUACAUAUAUAGCGGUUCAUAGCUCCGUCACUAUAGUAUCGAAUUUUCCCCGGCCUUUUGUUUCUAUUAUGGAAAUAUAUUUUUUUUUUAAAACAAUAAAUAACCGAAUAUUAUAUAAUAAUACGCAUUAUACCUACUUUACUACUUUAAAAUAAAAAAAUAGUGACAUUUGAGCAUACGACUGGUAGGGAUAGCGUUUAAUCGAAUUAUGAUUUAAAUAAAUAAUUUUAAUUUUAAUAAAAUAAGGGAACCCGGGCGACGGUGUGCAAAAACGACGGGGCUAAUAAAAUAAACGUAUAAACACGAUACAGUGCACGGUAGUCUCAGUUUUCGGGGAAAAUUCGAUAAAAAUCAAUUCGUUUAUUAUAUGUUACGGUAACGGUUAUUCGUUUAUAGUACGAUGAUAUUCAUACGCGUAUCGACGGAAAAAAAAAAAAAUCAACCCGUUUCACGGAUAUAUAUGUAUACGUAUGAACAUGUUGAGUACAUGGUUCAGAUUUAUAAAUUAUUCAUCGUGGCUUUUAUAUAAAACUUAAAACAUCUGGUUAGUUUUAUAUAAUAAUCCGACGAGGGUUGCCUUUGCAGUUUUCGCGGUGUGUGUCCCUAAUUGAAAAAUCCCUGUGGAUUAUAGUAUGUAUACGCGAGUAUACGCUCGCGUGCACUGCAACGAUGACUAACUAUAUGUAUACGGUAUCCCUUUUUCUUUUUUUUCACCCUUAACCGUAUACAGUGUGGUAAAACUAGUAUACACAUAACGUGCAGUACAUAUAUAUAUAUAUAUAUAAAUAUAAAUAUACAUCGUCUAAAUCUAUAUAGUAUCAAUAAUAAGGCCAAUUUGUACAAUCGUUCGAAACGUGAUUGUACAUAAUAUCUAAUAAUAUUUAGGGUUCGGAUUUUAACGUAUUCACACAUUUAAAACCAAAAAGUGUGUAGACGAAUUUGUGCUGAAAAUCUCAAAAUAUGACUACGUAUAAUUAUACUAGAAAUAAUAUUUUCGUAAUAAUAUUACGAAUGAUGAAUACGGUAGUUGAAGGGCUGCGGGGUAAAACGAUCAUAAUUUCCAAAAUUGUCACACCGAUCGCUUCCCCCCUCCCCUCCCGUUUCCGUUCGGACUUUGUUUUGUUUCGAAGAUUUAUCGAUGUAUUUUUUUAGACUCCGCUGUAGCCCGGAUCACGGUUUUUCUGUCUUCGAUUUCACGAUCGCUGCACUAUCGUUUUUUCAUUAUUAAAUAAGUAAAGACAUCUAAAAAAUGAACCAAUCAUAUUGUUUCGUAUCGUAUCAAUCGUAAUGAAAAUUAUGUACUAAUGACGUAGUUUCCAGAACGCCAACUGUAGGAAAGGUGUUGAAUUGAAUUCACGCGCUAUUCGCGAAUAAUUAACUUCUAAUUAGAUGUAUUUAAUACACAAUUUAUUGUUCACAAAUAUCUACCAAACACUAUUUACUCAAAUGCACAUCAUAUAUUAAUUUGGUUUUUAUAGACACGCGUUCUGCAGCUAUAAAAACACGUUAAAAAAUUAUAUAAAUAUAUAAAUAUAUAUAUAUAUUUGAAAUCUGAAAAAUGGUGACCUACAGAACAAAUUAGAACAACGGUCUAUUCUAAAUUCUAGACACGUAGGCUAUCGCGUUUAUCCAGAUUUAGAAAAACAAAAUUUUCGGAUGUGUGCAGAUAAGUAGUUACGAUCAGUGAAAUUCGUUCAUGUAUAAUAGUUUUGACAGCGAACACAAAGUUUUUGUCUAUACUAAUGUGAAAUAAACCGUUUUUUUCACGUAUUACAAAAACAAUGAUAAUUUGAUAUACUAUGCAGAAAUCAUAUAGACUAUUUACGCAUUUGUAUAGAAUUGUUUUGAAAUUCUAAAUUAGUAUAAAUACUAUUAUUGUUAGUCAUAAUUACUUGUCAUCUAAAGUAAUUAUCAAUUAGUAAACUUGAUAAAUUUAUUAUAUAUAUGGAGUUUCCGUAAAAUAUAAUAAUCGUAUGAUAUUUGCACAGUUAUAUAUUAUUAUUUAAAUCGAUGUUUGUACGAAAAAUUCGUUUUAGAUUCUGAGUAAAGUGAGGAAUGUAAAAUGAUGUUUAGAUAUAUAUUUUUUUAUGUAUGUACUAUAAAUAAAAAUCCUACCAGAAAUCUUGCUCCGAUAUGUGAAGUGUAACCCCUUUUCUAAAAGAAAAUUUUGUCUAGUUGGUACUUUAAAAAGUUCGUUUUUUUUGAUUUUCCAGACAGUUUUCAUAAUAAUUAGGAAAACAAUCGAAAAUCAUAGAAAAAAAUAGGAAGAAUUGACGAAAAUAAUGCUUUUAUAUGAUCAAUUUUGUUAUAAUUCAGUUAAAAAUUUAUUCGUAGUGACUUGGAAUUUGGAUAGAAAUCUUAUAUUUGCCUUUUAUAGACGUGUUAACAUUUUUAAAACGUUCGAGCUAUUUAUAGACAUUUUAAUUUUGGGAGUUUUUUUUCAUAAUUUUUAUUCGAUAAGUAAUAUCUGUGAAUAAAAUUGUUGGACCAAAACUUCGACGAGAGUCGUAAAUAUUAUUACCUUUUAAAACUUGGCUCAGAAUCGUUUUUCCGUUAGCAGGGAUUAAUCGUUGCGUACAGACACACAUUAAAUUCCACUUUAUAUCCUACCUUCCUCCUAUCUUCUCACAAGGAAAAUAUUAAUACAUCUGCAGGAUAUCAAAUAGUUAAACAACGAUUUAUUCGUUAUUUACACUUCAGUAUAGAGUAUAGAUAUUACAAAAUAAUCGAAAAUGGUUAUGACCGUCUACAUAGAUUGGACUGCACUGACGCUGUUUGAUAAUGUAUCUAUACUGCAAUAAUUAUAUGUUUAUAGUGAUAGUUUUCUCUUGCUCGUUAUUUGGUUAUAACGUUUUCUCCUUUUUGGUUUGUAAAAGUGAAACACUGACGGUAUCUAUUAUGUACGAGUAUAUAUAUAUAGCUGCAGAACGACAAAAAUCGUCCAGUCGAAAUGUCCUUUGAAAAAAAUUGAAAAAUAAUACUGUAGUUUGUUGAUGUUAGUAUAAAGUCAGUACAGGUGGAUUCUCGUGUAGGUUAUAAUGUACAUAUGUAAUAGUGGUUGUAUAAGUGUACAACACAUCAUAUGCAGCCACGCAAGAUGAUUUUUGACCAGCUAUAUACGAAAAAUGUGAAUAAAGUUAAUUUUGGAUGUUCCAUUCAUUAUGGAAUAAUAUUACACUCUUAACGUCAUUAAACUUACAAUGUGUUUUCGGAAUUUUACCCUUGUUCGUAAAACCGACUUUUGAUUUUCAAUUAACAAUAAAUUAUAGCCAUCUGUAUUCUGUAUCCGUUUUUAUUAUAAUCUCGGUUCCGAAUAGAAAAUAUAAUUUUAUACUUAAAACACACGUAUAAUACUCGUCCGGUAUGAAUUUAAAACUGUUUUAACUCGUAUAAACGGUACAUAAUAUAAUGUUAUAAUAAUCUUCUAUAAUCCUUACAACCGUCGGUUCGUGAUUAUUAAACAUCGUCCUGUAUUAUAGCAAAAUUAAUAGUUUAAAUACCUGGAUAUAAAAUACCAGAUUAUAAAUAAUCUGAUGUUUAAUCGCACAUUUUAAUAUAUGAUGAUAAACGAUGAUAUUAAACAAUAGUUUUCGUUGUGAAUUUUAGAAUUUUAUAGGUAUGUACGAAAUAAUAUUCUUAUCGUGGUAGUGUAGUAAUAUUAUUUAUAGGUACUAAUUAUUCUCAUAUUUCUCGUUACAUGAUAGAAUCGAAUUUAAUCGCUUAUUUUUAAUAUUAUGUAUAUGUUAUUGGUGUAUUAUAGAAAUCGAAUUUAUCGGGUUAUUUUUGUAUUGUAUAUACAAUAUAGAUACAAUCAAAUCAUAAAAAAAAAACAAACCGAAAGCAUACGUUUCCCAUUAUUUACAAUGAGGCUCAUCAAAACCUGGACCACCAUUAUAAUACUAUAUACUAAAAUAGUUAAUUUAAUUAAAUUUUAAUUUGGAACAUAUUGAUGAACGAUUACUUUCAUCUAUGUAUAGGAAUAACGGAUUUUUUUCUCUCUUCAAAAUUUAAUUUUCUUAAUUUAAGGCCCUCCUUUCCUAGGACCAAGGGUUGACAAAACGAUAGAUCGAUAAUUGUUUGUUUCACGGUUGGAUGAAAACCGAAUCGUAUAUAUUCUACUUCUCAUACUCCUUUGCCUUCAUCCGAACUAUUUGGAGUCGGUAACCCUCGUUCUAAACUUUCACUCUUCCACAUCAACAUUGCAUACAACGGCCGUCCUCGUAUUCUCAAUCGCACAUUCACCCCUAGCCUUUUUCGGUCUUCCUCUUCCCCUCUUACGAUUUCGGAACUGUUAAUUAACGCCUACGUCGUGACACUCAGUCAUACGCCUUCUCUAAAACUAUAUAAAAAAAAAAAAAACAUUUUUUACGGGUUUUCACAUGGUUUUCUUCGUCUCUCUAAUACUCGUGUACUUUUCUACAAUCUGUCUAACACAGUACACGACUUCACCGUUGAAAAUUUCCUUGGCCAUAAAAUCAAGGUGUUUCUUACGUAUUUAACGUCUCAAAUUUAAUUCACUUUUCUAUAAUCUUUUCCCGAAUCUGUAUACCAUGACUCAUCUGCAAUUGUAUUCCACUGUAAUUUCCAUACUCUUGUAUGGUUUCUCGCCUUUAAAUAUAAUCACGUAGAUAGGUAUCACAAAACUUAGUAACCACCUAAUAUAUUCUGGUAUACAUAUAUGUAUACGUAUGUAUUUAUUUAUUAUUGUGUAUUUGUACAGUCGUUCGAAUAAAUAUCAUAAUAUGGCUUUUGUAAAACGAACAUUGAACAAUAAUAAUUGUAUACUAUAUACGUGUUAUAAACGUGUCUCGGAAUGGACAUACAGAACGACUGUAUGUACGCGCUAGUGCAUUUCUCUGACGCUCGGACCCGAAAGGGUUAUCCAUUAUAAUAUGAUAUUUGUGUUUGUCGCGAGUUAGUUAAUCAUUUUAAUCGAUUCAUUAACAUUGCGUAUGAGUCAUAUAAUAAUAAUAUUAUAGAUUUUACGUUUAUCGGACUCGGUUGCGCGCGCGUGUGUGUCGCGUUGUGUAUAAUAUCAUAUUUGUGUGUGAACGAUCCAAAUGCUUUCAGAGAGCUAUAAUACUAAAUAUCCAAUAUACGACGACGACGACGACGUGGUUGACUCAUAUAUAUAUAUAUAUAUGCUGUUGUAAACGUCGUUGUUGUCGUCGUCGACGUAAUGUUCUCCAGACGAUAAAAAAAAAAAAAAAAAGACGCUCGUUUUGUGUUCAAUAUACGCGUAUCUCUUGAACGAUUUUUUUUUUUUUUCGUUUGCCGAAGAAAAUGCGUGCGUAAGUACUGAUAGUAUAUACGUAUGCUAUGCAUAUAUGUAUAAAACACUCGUAUAUCGGCUGUAGACCUUAGGGCGCGUUCAACAAGAGUUUGAAAAUAAAAAAAAAAAAUUACCAUAGAUCCUCCCCCCCUCCGCGUAACACGACCGCGGUCGAUGUAUACCGGUAGUGCGGGGGGCGAUAAACACAAAAGACGAGAGGAAAGCUGCGGAAAAUAACGAGACCGUUUUGGAAUUCAAAUUUCUUCUUCUUCCCGAAGCUGUUACGACAAUAGCUUUGGGUCGCGAUCUCGUACACAAUACGCGUGUACGGCUAGGAGAUCAUUGUUAUUGCCGAGUAGGUAUAUUAUUAUUAUUAAACCCGAUUUCGCGUACCUAUUAUUAUUAUAUUAUAUUCACUGUAUUAUUCGGUGUCUCGCGUGUGCGUUUAACAUCAUAAUAAAAAAAUGAGUCGCCGCGUGUGUGUAUACACGAAUGACGUCUAUAUACUUUUUAUGAUUCAUUACAUAUAUAUAUUAUGUAGGAACGGUUUUUGUCCAUCUUAGAUUAUUAUCGCCGCCGCCGUCACCGUUUGAAUGAUUCAGGACUAAAAUAUAUACGAGAAUAAUAAUAACGGCGGCGGCGCGGUCCGAGAACGGCUGUAUAUUUUUUUACACUUAUUGUGUAGCGUUACAUUGGACGUAAACGUAUUUAAUAGGUUUUUCGGAGAAACCUGAAGUGCUGCACCGCGAACAUAAGUCAUAUCGGUUCGCGGGAUUUUGUUUUAUAUAUUUUUUACUUUAAUUAUCUAUUUUGUUAUGUAAAAAAAAAAACUAAUAAUUACUAUUUAAUACCGGUGUUCGAGAAAAUUUCGACGAACUACGAGAGUGGCGAAUGUAGGGGUUUUAUCGGACGGGGAUUUCGUUGCGAACAGAUGAUCCUUGUAUCAUACUGUAAAAUAAUUAUUAUAGUGUACUGUUAUACGUAGUGCGUGUCGUGAGAGCGUUUCUAAACCCGCAUCAUAAUAUUAUUUUGUAUAUACCUAUACCUAUCUAAGCCGUGGUAAUUUUAUUUUGUAUUGUUUGGGCGACAAACGAAGAGAGUUGAAAAUCUUAAAGUCACAACGAAAAGUCGGCCUUUAAACGUUUGAAAAAUCCCUACGAAAAAAAUUAUCUAUCGAAAUAUUCACAAAAGUCAGUAUAUUUCAGUGUGUCGACAUGAAGUGUCCCUUAAUCUUGAAAGUCAUUGUAAUAAUAAAACCGGAAAAUUCUACGGUUUUACGGCCGUAAACUGAAAUAAUAUAUAUUGUUGUAGUGUCGCAGAAGCUGCAGAAACUCCUACAUCCCACCUUCUAAACCCAUAGCUGGAAUCAUUUUUCCGAUUUUCAGAUCGCACUUAAGAUUUUUGCGCCGAAAAUUUGCUUCGAGCUUUUUCAUAUUUGUUUUAAAAAAAAUUCUUUAUACAUUUACUAGAGAUGGUUGGGAUUGAUGAAAUGUCGUAUCUAAAAAAUAUCUAGAUCAGAAGAUUAAAGACAGAAGGUCGUCGAUGGCGAUCGCACAGCUGUUGCGUGGCAAACGGCCGUCGGGCGGCUUUUACACCCACCUACUGGUAUACAUAUGGUACCCGCAGGAUUUCCGAAAGAUUCGUUGUGUUGUUUUACGACCGAAAAUUUAAAUAUUUUACCAGAAAUUUAGAGGCUGCCGUCGUUCGUCAAACAUAAUGAAUAUUCGCACGUGUGAUCGAAUUCUCUACGCCAUUGGCAUACAUUUCCCCGAAAAUCAAGUCCUCAUCGAGUGUAAGUACCAAGUAUACUAAUAAGCAGUGCGAGGGGCUUAAGCCUGUUCAAAAUAUUCGAGCUGAUCGCGUCUGCGUGUCAAAUAUUUUUGUGACUAAUAUAUUAUACGUAUAUACUCAUUAUAUAGUUUUUAAAUCGCGUAAGCAUAUAAUUCGAUAAUUUAUCGGAUCGGUACAAAUCGCGGUCAACCGAAUACGAGUACUGAAUAAAUUGGCUGGAAUUUAAUUUUAUCGUUCGCUGUGUUACAUAUUUUCUAUUUGUGAGAAUAUGAUAUUAUUAUAAAUCAUGACGUGACUUGAGUAUGACGUAUGGCGUGAUGUAAUUUGACCGCGCACCUAUAUGUUUGUUUAGAGGUUUUUUUUUUUUUGGUUAUCUAGCGUUCGAUAGCGUUCGAGAUUUUUGGCGGCUAAAAUAAAGUUAAUAAUAAUGUGUCGAAAGCUAGACGAAGAGAUAUUUUUGUAUCGGACAUAGCCAUCAAAAAAAAAAAAAAAAAUUAUAAUCCGAGUUGACACGAUCGGGUAAUAAAAUAAAAACGCGACCGCCCACAAUAAAAUAACCCUCAAAAAUGAUAAUGUAUACAGGCUGUCCUACGAAGAUAUACCCCUGGAAUAUCUCCGGAGAUAAUAAAGAUAAUAAAUCCUGUUUUCUAACCAAUUUUUCAAGGAUUUUUAACCAAUUUCAGAAAAUGAAGUGUACACAAUUAUACAACUAACAGAGAAGUGCAACGGAUCUACUAAAAACCCGGGAUUAAUUUGCUUACCUUAUGAGCAGAUGAAAUUUUGAUAAAAACCUCAGAAGGAAAGAUAAAUAGGAAAAGAACCGAGGGUCGUCCUAGUCAGCGUUGAAAAGACACUUAGAUUAAAACAAAUGCACUCGGAGAUAACAAUAGAAAAUAGCAUGUUGGAUAAAAACAGAAGGAGAAUAUAGUAAAAAAAUCGAAAAUCCUUCAAGCGCCAAGGAGAAUUAUAAAAGCUCAAGAGGAAAAAGAAGAAUUUCCUAUUUCAUUCUUGACUAGAUUUUCGGGGAAUUCGAGUUGUUUUGUAAGUUGUUAGAAAUGAUAAAGGUUGAGUUGGAUUUCAUUAUGAAUUUAACUUGGUAGAGAGUGUGUUUUUAGCUUUGUAUAGCACAGACUUGCCUAGUGAAAUUCUGAGAUACAAUUUUGAACAUACAUGGCGAUGGAAUGUAUCUUUUGAAGGUUUUAACUUUCAACCUCCUCUCCCCUUUUCCAAUAGUUUUAUGAUCAAAUAUCACUAUUUUUUUUUUAGAAGUAGUAUAAUUUCAGUAUAUAUCUAUUAUAGUCUAGUAUUGUAUUAUUACAGUAUUUAUUAGCUAUUCGGUUGUUUAUUAUUACGCAAAUAAUAUUUUUAUCAUAAGUACGGACAAAUUUGACUUUGGUGAUGAAGAAGCUCUGCUCCUCAUGGGAGUUUUUAUUUUUUAUAUCGUUUUACGUACUUUCUUUUCCCAUUACCCGCUCGGCUAUGGAAAAGAAUAAUAAAAAAAUAAAAACCGUUGUCGCUUAUCUAAAUUAUUUUUUCCGCUGUUUAUAAUCCGAUACCGGAAUUUGUAAUGUUGUUAUACUAUAGGAAGAAGAAAAAAAAACUCUCGAUAUAUUAUAAAUAUAAUUAUUAUAUUAUACAGUCUUGUGUGCGGGUUUUUCGCUGAUAAAAGACACUCACAGUAAUAUUAUAAUAAUUUUACUGCUCUAUACACAAUGAUGGCCGCGAUAAAUAACAUAAUGAAAUGCAGUAACGGUGUAAAAAUAGUGAACAUGAUAUCAUGCUGGAAAUAUUGCGUCACGGACCGCGGGAACCUCCAUAAUAUAAUAACAGCCGCGUUGGCGAGAAGGAGCGAAACGUGUUGACGGUGACUAUAUUUUCCGUCGCACGCCCUUUCUUUUUCACAGGAAAUUCGAUUCGUCGACGGAUCGUUAAAAAAAUAAUAAUAUUAAAAAACUGUCGACUUAUUCUUUUUAUUCAUACCUCUUCUACGCCGGUAGGUAUGUAGUGGUAUCGUGUGCACACCGGGAGGACGCUAACCCGAAAUCGACCCCGGUGAAAAAAAAUUGACAUGAUAACAUAUUCGUCAUUAUACGCUGAUUUUUCAGUUUUUCGUUUUCCUAUAUUCGAGAUAGUCACUCGUAAACGUUUCUUACCCUUUCGUAAAUAUAUAGCCACCCCUUUAAGUCGAAAACACUAUAUUUGCGUCCAUAUUAUAAUAUAUUACGUAUAAUUUUACUGUCGAAAACUUCAACGCACACUUUGAAUACAAUAUUUUAAAGAAUUAUACCGAUGUUGUAUUUCAAGUCAUAAAUUACGAACCAUUAUACAACAGUGUACACUCGGCAAACUAAUUAAAUACAGGGUGAUAAAUGUUAUCACGAACCAGCGGUUAUCUCGGAGAGCUUAUUCUCGGAUUCACCGUUUACAAGUUAUAAUAACAGCUUAAAGUUUAAUAAAUUGAAGAAAUAUUAGAGUUUAUCAGUUUAUUAUUUAAAAAUAGUUACGAGGUUUAUUAUUACUCUUGUCCACUCUUCCGGUUUAAAUUUCGAACUGUGUUUAACCCAUAAAAUCGCAAAUCCGAUAUUAGCGUUAUGCAUACCAAUAUUUUUUAGAAAAAUAUUCUGUAUUCGAAUCCGGGGGGAGGGGCUCUAACGUAUAAUGAAUACCUACUAAUUUAAGGUACAAGGAGCGGGGGUAUAAAAUGUGUAGGUAAUAGAACGUUUAAACGAUUUUGAAUACGUAUAACGAACAAAGAACGGCAAUCGAAUUUAUUGUAAAUCCUCCGAGAAAAUUGCCGGUUCGUGAUAAACUGAUCGCCCCGUACAGCUACGUCACUACAAAAGGUCGGCAUCGAAAAAUAAACCGGAAAAAGCGGAAAAAAUACUCAUUUCCUGAGCAAUAGAUAAACGAAAACAAUAAAUAUUGCGAUCAUUAUAGUGUCGAAAUAAAAAAAAAAUAUGACACAUUACAAACUGUAUUGUUAAAUAACACGACGUUAUACCGUAACUUAAGGACAACGCGCGUCCAUGGCGAAUUUUCUGUUUAAUUAACACGCUGAAUAUCCGUUGUUAUUGCGUUUAAGUCACGGUAAUAUUAUGAAAACAUACGCGAAACAUUCACGGGUUAAUCAAUUUUCUUUUAUUAAUUCAUUCGUUUUGAUUAGGCGGGUCGGAGGGCAGCAAAACGGCCAUAGUCGUCUCCUUUUAAAAUUUCUAUCAUUUUCUAACAUAGUACUGCAGCACGCGCUUCACUUACACGCAGGCAAUAUUUGAACAAAAAACGAAUAUUAAGUAUGGUACAAUUUUCAAAUUGUUGUUUCAAGUUGAUUUUUUCGUAUUUAUCUCAUGUCUGUAUAUAUAUAUAUAUAUACACGAUGCCUAAAUUUAUAUUCUUUAAAUUCAACGUUAUCAAUCGACGAAAACUAACUGUGUUACGUGCAAAGGAAAUCGCUAGAAUCGGAAUAUUUUUCCUUACUGAACACAUGACGACAUUGAUUAAAUUAAUCUGGAAGUCUCACAAAUAUGACAUAAGUCGUCACAUUCAAUAUCCCACCCGCGCUACGUUUUUUCGCAGAACAUCACGUACGGUGCACAGAGGAUUAUCAACCGUAAUUUUGAGUGAAUUCAUAUCGUUUUUCCAUUAAAUAUUAUUCUGAGUCCUCAAAUUACAAAAUGUUAUUUGAGCACAAACAAUCGCGACCGUCGUCUAUUAAAAAACCGCCGCGUACUUAAUACUUGAUGUAUAAUCGCAAUGUUUUGGAUAUUACUAUUUUAUAACAGCACAUAAUUCGAAUAUUAUACGUUAGUCAUCGUGGUCGCACUCGUAUUUUCGCUCGGUGUAAACGAUAUUAUUUUUUUUUGUUAUUGUACAAUUAAUUUUCAGCGUUCUUCCGAGACUGGUCAUUCGGCUCGAGGAAGAAAAUAUUACACGAGGAAACGCGUGUGCACUGUGCAUGUAUACCUACGUAUAAUAAAAUCGUAUACUAUCGUAUAAAGGUCUCGUAUAGAUACAUUCGCCAAGGUCGGACGAGAUUUGUCAUUCCGCCACACAACCGGUUUCUCUAUCGUCUUAGUAGAGAAAAAAAAAACUACAAUAUUAUUAUUGUAUGCGUGUUGUAGUAGUUAUUAUUCCGUUGCGCCGAGGAAGAAAAUAUUAUAUUUUGAUAGUGAUACACGCGGCGAAAAAAGACCGCUAUACUUACGAAAGCCCGCGGAUCCAAAAUGAUAGUCAGACUGUGUGAAAACGGGCGGAAAAUCUGUGGAUUCGAGAACCUGCGAUUGGAAAUAUUGGGAGAAAACAAGCAGCUAAAAAUAGGAAAAGAUAUGUUUGACGGGACGAUAGAGGAAGUGACCCCAUCCAAAAAAAAAAAAUUGUCGAUACCCUACUUUAGUACCGACCUAGACCUACAUAAACUCUCGGGAGGGGGAUAUACAAUUUAAAAUGUUUGCCACCGACAGUUACUUUUUAUGUAUACGGAUUUAAACCAUGUACAUAUUAAUGUUGGAUAAAAUUGAGUAUUUACAAUAUUAGGUAAAAUGUGCAGUUUAUACCGCACCGUAAAAGCAUAAUAAACUAAUGUUCAAAAAUAUCAAAUGGUUGUGAGAAAUUGGAAAUUCGUCAAAAAGGUUUUGAAAAUUAUACUGUGUAUGUAUAUCUAUAUAACUAUUAAGUGAGAUUUCUGACCUUUUCGAUUAUUUUUCACUGAAUAAACAAAAUACACUACAAAAGAAACCGUUACUGUGUAAAUGUAACAGGUAAACGGUUUCUCUGGGUUUUUUUUUUUAGUAUUCCUCAUAAUUGGGAACACUACAAAGAAAAGAAAAUAAUUACCUCCUCCGUUGCACCAACGAGAUAAAAAUGUUUUCGAGAAACCUUCACCUCUAAAGUUGAUGAUCGGUAGAACCAUAGUAGAAUAUCAAAUAAAUAUUACAUAUUGUUAGUUGAAAAUUAGCUCGUAGUAAUGUUGGUUUUUGGAAAUUAUUGAAUCACGUUUAAAAUCUUUGUGGGGGUUCGUGGAGGCGAAGCCCCUCGCGGGUUUGGUUGGUUUCAAUAAUUGCGAGGGACGCUAAUUAUUUUUGAAGUCUUUAUAAUCCCCGUUUCUUUUGUUUUUCCAAUUCGAGCAAUUAAAACAAAACUGCUAUUAUUAUAAUUAUGUAUUACUCUAAUCGAUAGAAUGACUCAACGCUAAUUAAAUUACAAUUAUUUGAAAUCUGAUAAUAAAAUACAAUUGCGAUUGUCACUUUAUUAUAUUGUUGAUAACAAUAAUAUAAUAUUUUAUUGUUAUAAACACGAUUCGUCAUUUUACGGGAUUUUCAUCGCUUAGUCCGCUCGUAAUUGAUUAUAAUAAUAUUUUAUAGAAAUAAUACACAGAUAUCUAUACUAUAAUAUGGAUAUCUGUGAAAUAAUAUAAUAAUCAUAAUUGUUAUCUUCGACGUGAUGCACUGGCGAUGGUGAUGAUGUGUACGGCUACUCUUAGCCGUACACACUCGAAAUAUACGAAAUUGACCGCGCGAGUAACAAAAAGUUUUGAACGGUUGAUGUUUACGAACAUGAAUAUUUAUGAAUAUUUUAAUUUUAAUUUAUAAUGUUUAUGAAUAUUUUACGACGACUAAAAGUACCACGUACACUUCAUUGCUCGCAGUGUCCCCUUGGUAUCCCGUUAGUGUAGAGCAGAAUUAAUAAUAGUUUGUAGAUAUUAUCUUAUUAUCUAUUACACCUUGUCGGUGGACACUGAUUCUUUCGUUGGCGAUUUUACCGCGAUAACUAUUAGGUAAGUUACGAUUAGAUUAGGUAAGAAUAUUUAAACUGAAUUAUUAACAGAACCGGAGAAGCAUUGCGAAAACAGAUUUUCCACUGAUGUCGGUUAUAACACGAAAAAAUAAAAAAGGACGUCCUAGGAUAAUGGGAUCGGGUGCAGCCACUGUUAUAAGUAAUUUGAUGUACAUCUGUAAGUAAUGAUAAACCAUUGCUAACGAGAAAGCUAUUCUGAGCGGAGUUCAGUUGUCAUAAUAUGGUAAAAUUCCAAUUAUUCUAAUUCCAAAAUUAAAAUGGAUUCCGUUUUUCUUCCGGUUUUUCGCAUUUGAUGAAAAAACUCUUAAAAAAAAAAAAAAAAAAACGAAAAAUUACCUCUCUAUAGUACCUUCUCAAUGAAAUUUUCUUUUAGAAAAUUCGCUAUCAUUGUAAGUUUGAGGAAAAUUGCUGGUAGAAAAGUCGUUCACAGAACAAAUAAAGAAAAAAUAAUAAAUUAAACAUCUUUGUAAAACCAUAAGUUUCUUCGCUCCACUCAGAAUCUAAACUGAAAGAGCCGAUACAUACUGAUGAAUGUGCCACUGUUUAAGGAGAAAAUUGGGUAUUAGAGCGAGGAUAUUAUAUCGAGUCGUUUAAUUUACAUCGGUACGCAACAGAACCCAACAAUUUAUCCAAUUUUCGUAUAUUUUAAUGAACGGUGUUCUUGGCAGAGCCCGUAUGGAUAUUUAAAAAAUAUCUUAUUAUGUCUCAUUAUUGCACAUCUGUACAAUAAUUCAACUCAUUGUCUCAGCCGUUAUCUAUCGUUUGGUUUUAAAUACACCGUCUAAAUUCUAUACAUAAUAAUAUUAAAAAAUAUCCAUAAUAUUUUUGAAAAAACCUUUGUGGGCCAGUUUCUAGACCAGAUCGUUCUUGAGCAAUAGGCGAUGACUGAUAAGACAGUCGACAGUCGUCGAGUGAUGGUAUUCGACUUAUAUAUAUUUUAGAUUAGUAUUAUUUUCUACUUAAAAUAAAAUUGACUCGUUUUAAAUCUGUUCGUUGAAAUCGGAAUAUUGUUAUUUGUUCAAUAUUGCAACAUUAUACACGUGAGCAGAGUAGGUUAGAACAUUAUUUGAAAUUUUCGAAACUUUUACCGUCAUAAUAAUAAUGUACUCGAGAAAUGCAUACAAUUAACGCAAUUUGCCCAUUCUUUUAGCAAUUAACGGUAAUUUUCAUACUCAAUGUCGUCCUCAAACGUCUCAAAAUGUGCCGGCGACCGUAAUUCGAUGCUAAUGUUAUUGAAGCGCGUCUCGCUAAUAAAAAAAUUACGAAUCAAUUCGGUAUAUUUCCGUACUAGACGCUUCGUUUUUUUUCGCGUCGAAAUGAUAUUAUAUUAUACAAAGACCCGCGGGAAAUGGUGUUUCGCUCUCCCCACAAACCAUUUGUGUUUUAUUAAAUCACGAUGACGCGCAGUCAAUAUUAUACUAUUAUAGUGGCGUUAGGCGGAUCGCUUCCCUCUACCCUCCAGACCGCGGCGACUCCUGACGAUAAUUUAAUUUCCGCGCAUUUUUCGCCGUAUUUUUCCGUAUUUACGGAAAUUGAUAAAUUCUUGAAUCGCAUCACGAUUACCCGUGGUAGUGGCGGAUUUUCGACAUUUUUUCUGUGAAGGGCCCUGAAAAAUCAUAUGCGUUAAAAAGCAUCUCUAUUAAUAGAUGCUUCUUUUUUGGACGACAUCUUAUUGAAAUAAUAUCAGUGUCCGGGGAGGGUCUCUAUUUGCCCUCUCGCGGAACCGGUGAAAAAUUCCGGACUUUUUAUCGUAUUCUCGCCGCAUAAGCCUCGGGGUUUUUUUCCCCGUCACGAAACGACGUACCGCGACGUACCGAAAUAACAGUGGCAAAGGCGUCCAUCUUCGAAAACCCGGGAGGGGGGGGGACACCAUAUUUUUUCAAUAAUAUUUCCUAAUCGCCUGUGCUAUUUUGAUUUUUUUUUUUUUUCAAUUACGCCGUCAACGACCCGUUAUGGUAAACCACUAGCGAAAAUAAUCCUACCAUAUGUAACGUACAUGUAUUUAAUAUGAAUUACGAUAUUUUAUGUGUACACUUUGUAUAACGGACAGGGCCGUUGGGGGACACGUCCCCUGCUUUCCCACCGUUCCCCCUCCACCAAUGUGCGUAUACCUAGCGAUUGUGAUACCGGCGUGUUUAUGGACGAAAAAAAAAUUUGUUUGAAAAACGAGCGCCGGGGCGGCCGCGGUAUCGCCGCCGCCGCCGGUUCCGUCUCGUCAUUCGCACCGUCGGGGCGGGGUGUUAGGGGAAGGGCACGGGCCGGCGGGGAGGGGGCCGAUUAUUUAGCAGACGAGGUCGCCUCGGCGGCAGCGGCGGCGGCGGCGGCGGCGGCUGAUGACUAACGCCGUUUGACAAUAUUAGUCGCGUAGUUGUUGUUCCCCCCCCCUCAACGCCGCCGCUAUUUUGCUCUCGGGAGGACCGCGUGCGCGCGGAUCCCGCCAACACCCGCAUUCGACUGCCAGUAGUCGUCGUGCCGCGUCGUCGUUUUCUGCGCCCGUCUCCAGGUUACUGUCCGUGUACGUUUAUUUCGAUCGCGGCGUUCGUGGUUUUCGCGUGAUUACGACGUUUUCGGCCCGGUCGGUCAUUAUUAAUCUCCGUUAUUGUUUUCCGUCCGGAGUGCACGUUUUUUUUUUUUUUUAUUUUCUCCUUUCAAAGCGCAUUUACAAUAUCGCCGCGUCAGUUAUCGCGAGUGUGUACGCCGUAGACUCGUCGCGCCGUGCUCCUCCCCCGUACAAAAAUCUAACUGUUAUCGUAUACAUUGUUGUACACCGAACAUUGCAAAGACGCUCUCACGAAAAAUGACCGCCGCAGUAGGACACAAGAAACUCACGUUGAAGCUCAAGCUGUCCCUGGAACCCUGCCCCACUUGGAGCAGGACCCGUUCAGGUACCUAUUCGACUGUACACUAAUUAUCACACGACGAUAGAGCACCUAAUUGUGCGCAUACGGAGCCGUGCGCAGACUUCGUGUCUGAGAAAGAAAGAAACCGGGCUGCGAAAUCUGUUAUCAAUUAUGUGGCGGGCCCCCUGACGAAAGUAUUGUGAUCACGACGGAACCGCGAUAGUUCACAUACGCGCGCUGUGGUUUUGAAACGAAUCAAUAGCAUACGUAAAACCGAUACAAACUAUACAGAAAUUUAACGGACGGUCGAUCGGGUUUGGGGGGCCCCUGCGCGAAGCAGCAGACCGUGUUGCCUAGUAUACACUCGUCGGCUGUCAUCGGACGGUCUUCGAGAGAUAUGUCCCGUGUCGGAAACGGCUAUUAUACUUUACUUUAGAGAGACCGAUAGACGUAUUUGGCGUUUAGGCACCCCAUCUAGUGAUUCACGUAUGUUUGCCGAGCGAGUUUCGUGUUAGAUUUUUCGGAAACGUCCGUAAAUCACGACGGAAACCGAAAACGAGCCGUUUUUACCGGUCCGAUUGUAAAUAAACGAGAAUCGACUGUACAUGUAGAUACGCGUUUAUGCACUUUCGCCUGGCGUUGUUUUGAAAAAUUGUAUUUAUUUUUUUUCCCCCCCGCUUUUCGUUCAUGUGUAUAUAUUUAUGUACGCGCCGACUACCGAAGUUUACGCGACAAAAAAAUAUGGACACAACGUAUGGAAAAUCGAAAAUAAACCGAUUCAAACGUAUGUACCUACGCUUUCAGAACGCAACAAUCGUAACAACAACGGAACGAAACCUGAAAACCGAGACAAUCGUCGUCGUGGUCGUGUAUAAGAAAGUCAGCUCCGGAUUACUCAUUGCUAAAUAUUUUAUAAUUCUACGAUCUCGCUGUUAUAUGCUCGUAACUCGUCGCGUACCCGUGUAUUUUUGAAUUGGCGCAUUAACGUAGUAGUUGUUUGUUUUUUUUAUUUCGUCUUCGAUAUUAACUAACACUCGAAGACGAAUUUUCGCAAAACACUCCAAUUAUAUUGUAUAGUAGUUUUAAUUCGAUCCGCAAUUUAUCUAUCGUACACGAGAUACCUAUCGCAAUAUUACUAAACCGAUUUCGCCUAAUUGAACGCGACAACGGGACACGUCACGUACGAAUUUUCAAAAAUUACGAAAACCGCCUUGAAAACGCCUACGGUUCUGUGUCGUAAAAUGACCGCACGCCAUUAGGUGUGAUACGCCGUUUUUUUCGUUUUUUUUUUUUUCUAUUUUCUCCAUUACGUAUUUUCGAUAUUAUUGAAAAACCGAAACGCCCGCCCGACCUUUGCCGCGUUUAGCGAUUCGACUGUCACGAUAACGUUCCCACGUAGCACACACCGCGAUUACAAUAGCGUAUUGUUCACGCAAACGAAACUGAAACCGUUUUUCGAAUUCGUAUAUUAGGCGUGAGCACGACGGGCGAAACGUUUUCAAAACUAUUUAUGGCACAACGAUUCCGUGACAAUUCAAUCGGAUUUUCGUAAAUAACAAACGGUCGACGGUUAUACCCGACGGACGCAACAAAUACGGUGUGCCCGCGAUACCGGGCUGUCGCCGCACAUUGUAGGUAAUCUACGGCUCGAUCGGAUCCAAACCGAAAUGACCGGUAUCGUUGUAAUCGUGUUGCGCCGUUACACCGUUAGUCUGGUAUUUCGUCUGCACGCGUAUUCGGGCUCGGCCGUUUUCGACAUUUUUACUCGUGGAUAAAACGUCGGUGGACACGACGAUCCGGCUUGUUGAUCCAAUCGCGAUGUUAAUGCGUACACCUAUACUCGACCGUGUAGGUGUUUUAAAAAAAAAAAAUAAUAAAAAAAAAAUAAUAAAAAAAAAAAAAUAAUAAUAAUAAUAGGAAAAUCGCGAAUAAGAACGACGAAAAAUUUGCUAACACCCGUCGUAUAGUAAGACCAGGGCUGGAUAAAGGGUGUGGGGGGUCUAGGGGGCUACGGCCCCGGGCCGCAAGUGGGAGGGGGCCACGCGACGCGUGUUUUCGUCGGUUUGCACAAAUUCCGCGAAAAACGCCCGGAAUCGAAAACCAAUCGCGCGUUUACGUUCUUACAGGCCGGCGGGCGUUUGGAACGGUUUUUCGACCAAUGCUAAUAUCGCGUUUCGUCUAUCCCACAGGUGGCCACAAAGAAUUCCAUUCCCGGCACAAGGACAUGUGCGACAACGCGGCGCCGGUGUCGCCGCCCGUGCCGCUGUCGCGCUCGCAGGAAUCCCGGGAACUGAUGGACAAGCACCCGCUGACCAAAGUGCUGCCGUUCAUGUACCUGGGCAACAGCCGAGACGCGGAGGACCGGGACGGCAUGGCCGACAACCGGAUCACGCGCGUCCUGAACGUGACCACCAGCCAACAGUCGCCGUCCCCGCCGCCCGCUGACGGCGUCCUCUACAAACGUCUGUCGGUGCUGGACAACGGCCACGCCAAUUUGAAACAAUAUUUCCAAGACGCGUUCGACUUUAUCGGUGAGUCUCGAUCAAUGAUGAUAAUAAUAAUAAUAUUGAUUUUAUUAUCGUCCCCGUUACGCGGCCGUCUCGCCAAACACCCCCGCCCGUUCGGUUCGAUUAAAAAGCCGUUAUAGACGUUAUACGAGCGUUUUUACCCGGUCAAUACCUCGGAUCGAUUCAUCUCGACCAAUACCAUUAUGAUUAUUGUUAUUGUUUGUGUGUACAUUGAAUUUUAUUGCGUUAUCCGAGGGGACGAGUAUAUACUGUACGAUGUGAAGCGACAGUGGUGUCGAUAGGGGGGAGGGGAGGAGGGGGCCCGUUCACAUAAUAAUCUUCCCGCGUUUCGGCGGCGCCAGCCGCGCGCGAACCGGUGACACGGCGCGGCGCGGACCGGCGAUACGCGGUGGUGUGAAAUAGGGCGGGAAAACGGGCAGCAUGAGCCUCCCCUAAAAUAGAAAAAAAAAAAAAAUUAUACACCCCGUGAGUCAUUUAUACGCGCGUACAACUGCAGUAUAUACGGCGUGACAGCUGUACGCCGCGCCGCGGACACAUGACGUCACCCGACAUGACGGGCCCGGGUUUGACCGAGUUUUAUUGUUUGUAUUGUUUUCGAAAAUAACACGCGGCCCGGCGGCGGCGAUCCCUCGUCGCGCUCAUUGUUGUCAACAACGGCGCGGACACCCAUCCGGAAACGCGCGGCCGCCGCCCGUCCUGACCCGCGCGCGCGCGCGCGACACGACGACAUAAUAAACAAUCGACCGCGCGCCGCGGUAUUUAAAAACCGGGAAACCAUUAAGGAUUAACGACGAUUGCGGCGGCGGGGGCGCAGAAUCCCACGGAAAUCGCCCCGUCUCGCGGGGCGGCGGCGAGCGGUACGGCGCUUGUUGUUACUGUCGUCUCGCCUUACCCCGGGGACCGCGCGGCGCGGCGUUUACUUUUACCGUGUAUUAGAAUAUUCUAUUAUCACUAGCGCACGAGCGGAUUUCUAGACGAGCGCGCGCCCGUAGUGCUGCGGUCGCGUUUGGCCAUUUAUAGCUCAUCGGCGCGCACGACCUCUCGCGUGACUCAUACGCCGCCGCCGCCGCCGCCGCGGAGAGCUGUUCACACCGGUAACGACGACGCCGCCGGUUUAUUAAACAUAAAAAAAUAAAAACAAAACCAAAACAAAACAAAACGAUAAUAAUAAAAUUCACGUAGCGCGCUCGUCCGCGCGUAUUGUAAUACUGCAUUAUGAGCGUACGUACGUUCAACACGACGCGAAAAAAAACUUCCGGCGUGCCAAAAACGUACCCGCACGCGAUUCCGUUAGCCCCGGAUUAUCCGUGGGGGGGCGAAAGAAAAAUCGCUUAUAAUACGCAACGAUAUUUCGUCGUCGACUCCCGCUGCGCCCGUCUGAGCGUCGAAGAACAUUGACGAGCGGGACAAAAUGUAAAUCGUCCCGUGCGCGGUCGUUUGUUGAAACGGCUGAAAUACCUCGAUUAGAAAUAACACGUUAUGUCCUGCGCGGUUUCGAAAAUUCGGUUAAAUUAGGUUUGGUUGUUAAAAUGUAAAAACGUGUUACGUGUCCAAUCUGUAAUGGCCAUUGUUGUCGGGCGUUUUUUAUGCCGUUUUUUCCGUUUCUCCGGGUUCCAGUGUCACGUGGGAGGUUGUUUUUCGACGACGAAACCCGUUUAAAUUUCGGUUAUUUCCCGGCGUAUAAAUAAUUAACGAUACCGCGAGCCCUUCUGCCCCCUCCCCCCCAAAACCCCCAUUUAUUAACAAUAUUGUCGCUAAUGACUCAUGCGCAGUACAACAGUAUACCCGCGUGUAUACCGUAUAAUUGCCCCGUGAUUGUCACCCCUUUCCCCGUGAGCAUAAGGCGACCCCUAUAAUACACACCAUGAUAUUUUUCGUGUGAGAGGGUACCUACCCACCUACUUUAUACAACGUAUAAUAUUGUAUGUAGGAUUAUUAUUAUAUGCACGUGACCCGUCGACGUUGUAUAGCGGUGCAUACAACGGACGUCGAUGACGUCACGGAAGCUCCAGUUCGCAGUGUACGCAUCGCGCGGGAUGCCUUCCCCGAUAUCAUAAUGUACAAUAUUCUAUGUCCUUCCCCUCCCCCCGUUUCCAAGGCUAUUAAUUUCAAUAAACCGCCCGCGGGAUAGACGAGAUCAAAGUAUGUGGCCCGUUCACCGUGGAAAUCCAUAAUUAGAACGAUGGGUAAGAGGGAAGAUGGGAAUGCGGUAUACGCGGGUACAUUCAUGUCAUAUAUAAACACCCAACACACCUAUUGAGUGAGACUCUUCAGACGGAGGGAGUAAAGCAAAAAAAAGUCAUCAACAAGUACAACAAUAUUUAUUGUCUUACGUCUGACAGUUGAUAGAUUACAGAUAUUAAACGAACAAAUCGAAAUUAUGAAACGACAUAAUUAUUCUUCUCGGCCUCGGAACCGUUUCAUAUUCAAUCCUUCGGCCGAUGGAUCCGUCGGUACUUUUCUGCGGAUGGCCAAUCCAUUCGGCGAACACAAUAUUCAGUGAUUAGAUACGUAAUGCGUUUGGCGUAUAGUAUGCCGUGUCUGUCAGUUAUUAUAAAACAACCAUUUCCGCGACGUUGUGUUCCGCGAGUAAUUUGUAACGGUAUAACUUUAUAACUACCAAUUGUAUAUUAUCGAUUUGGCCACCGUCAUUUUGGCAAUCGACAUUUCGUGUAACCCAAACAAUAGAGAAAAAAAAGAAAAAAAAAAGGUCCAAAGGUAACACACAAAUCUCUCCCCCCCACCACUUCAUCCAAUUAUUACGCGAUUGCCAUGCGUAUGGUAUGUCACGGGUAAUUGUAGAAAAUCGAACGAUUGUCGCGUCCGCUGUUCGUUCGGCGGAACCGAUUUCGCGGCCGUUAGUUUUAAUAUUGGCCGGGCGCGCAGGCUCACGAAUGUAAAAGCUAUGGGAUCACCGGCCGCGUUCGCGCGUCGGGAUGUUUCGGUUUUUUAACGGUACACGGGCGUGCGAGCUAUUACCGUGUGUUGUUCGAAAAUUUCGAAAGACUACCGGGGGGAAACGAACGCCCGACGCAGUUGUCCAUUCGCGGUUCGCUGCAAUGGAAAAACCGUACAACGGGCACGGGCGGACGGUCCGCAGAGUGGUUGGGCCGGACGGAAAAUCGACGUCGUUCGAUUCUCGCUACACGCGCCGGCCGCGUCGCGUACGAUAACGCGCCCGAAAUAGACUCGCGAGCGCCAAUAACGAACGCGGUACGUAUGUAGGUGCGUAUACAUAAUAUCGUAUUGUACGUUCGUACGAGACGGUUACGUCCCCGAGUCCCGCGGAGCCAAAACUAGAAUCGUAAUAAUAUCGGUCCGCGAACGCCGCCGUCGCCGUCGCCGCGGCUGCCGCGCGCGUCUACGCCGGACGUCUACCAGAGACGCGCGGGACGGGCCGCGUACUUUUAGCCGAAUUCGGGUACCGCGCGCGCGCGUCGCCGCCGCCCGUUUAUUUCUGGCCCGGGCGUCCGCUAAAAUUAAUCUCAAAACACCGGCGUCUGUAUCCUGUUGACGGCGCCGCCGCGGCCGGUGAGUCAUUUUUUUCUUUUUUUUUUUUUUCUAUCGUUUUACACGUUUUAGAGGUAAUGCGUUGUUGUGCUGUCGCGCGUACCAUGCGGCCCGCGCUCCGGGCGCACGCGGCGGCGGUUCGCUGUUUACACCGCGCGCGACAUGUAUUUACCUUGUUCCGCCAAUAUUUGUUCGGCGCGGUGUUACAGCGUUACGAAAACGAAACGGACGAUGCGAAAAACCGAACCGCCCCCCCCGCCCCCUCCGGAAGCCCGUCGAGUGUACGCCGCGCGUACUCGACAAUAGUAAUCAUUGUUGCGGACGCUGUCGAAACAGUGUCCUCGCGUGAUAGAAACGGGCUCUUGUCGCCUCUCCCUAUAAUCUCCGCUCCCGCGUCCCCCUCGAAAUAAAAAAAAAAAAAAAACCGUUUGUACUCAUUCGUCGCGUUUUCGAUCGUUUUACAGAAGGCGCCAGAAUGUCCGGCGGCAGCGUGCUAAUCCAUUGUCAGGCCGGCAUAUCCCGGUCGCCGACGAUAGCCAUCGCGUACGUGAUGCGCUACAGGAAAAUGUCGAUGGUGGACGCGUACAAAAUGGUCAAAACGGCCCGACCAAUCAUAUCUCCCAACUUGAACUUCAUGGGACAGCUGCUGGAGUUCGAACAGGACAACGUCCAGUUCGAACAGCAGCAGCAGCAACAGCAGCAGCAGCAGCAGCAGCAACAGCAACAACAACAGCAGCCGCCGAGGUGCGGCCAGUCGUGGGCCGCGGCCCAACAGCAAUCCGCGGCCGAAGAACUCUCGCCCGGGUGUAGUACUUAG